CCUUGCCUCGGGUGUAGGGAUUGCAUAAGGGGAAAAAACUAAACUACACAGCUACACUGUGUGGUUUUGUUUUUUUGGGUUUCUUUGAGGCUAAACUGUUCUCACAUUGGAUUUUCUGACAACAUUUCUGGAUAAGGAGAUUUCUGAUGAGAUAAAACUCCGGGCUUCCCCCAAUCAAAUCCAGGCACUCUUGUGGAUACAAGGUGCCGUCCACAAUGUCAACACAGGCACCAACAUUUACACAGCCUCUGCAAAGCGGUGUGGCACUAGAGGGUAGUGCUGCAACGUUUGAGGCUCAAGUUAGUGGUAAUCCAGUUCCUGAGGUGAGCUGGUUCCGUGAUGGCCAGGUUCUUUCCGCUGCCGCUCUGCCCGGCGCACAGAUCUCGUUCAGCGAUGGCCGCGCUGUUCUGAUGAUCCCUGUUGUGACAGCCGCACACAGUGGAAGAUUUUCUGUGAGAGCCACCAAUGGUGCUGGACAAGCCACUAGCACCGCUGAACUUCUUGUUACAGCGGAGACCGCGCAGCCCAACUUUAUUCAGAGACUUCAGAGUAUGACCGUGAGACAAGGAAGCCAAGUGAGACUGGAUGUUCGUGUUGCAGGAAUCCCUACACCUGUGGUAAAGUUCUACAGAGAGGGAGCUGAGAUACAGAGCUCUGCUGACUUUCAGAUUGUUCAAGAAGGAGACCUUUACAGUUUGUUGAUUGCCGAAGCCUUCCCAGAGGAUUCUGGAACUUACUCUGUAAAUGCUUCAAACAGCAGUGGACGGACUACCUCCACUGCUGAACUGCUGGUUCAAGGGGAAGAAGCUGUGCCUGCCAAGAAGUCCAAAACUGUUGUGUCAGCCUCCUCUCAGACCAGAGUUGAGACAAGGAGUAUGGAGGCUCAUUUUGAAUCCUCAUCCUCAUCCAUGCAAAUGCGUGUUGAAGGUGGUGUAGUGAGCCACCAAGCACACAUGACCCCACCACGUGUGCCUCCAAAGCCAACCUCAACCUCCAAGUCCCCAACACCACCAUCUCUUGCAGCCAGAGUUGCAGGCGGACGUCAUCAGUCACCAUCACCUGUGAGACAUGUCAAGGUGCCCACUCCGGCCCCUUUUAGGCUUGUAUCCCCCUCAUCAAGACUGUCUGUGUCCCCAAUCAGACCAGUUAAAUCCCCACUGACCACACGCAAAAAGGUAGCCCAUGGUCCUGAUGUCCCCCCACCAUGGAAGCAGGGAGACUUGGUGGAAGGUUCCAGCAGCUAUUCCAGCAGCAUGACUUCUAGUGCCACCCAUGCCCAGGCUUCCAUGUCUGCCACCCAUGUUCACAUGGAGCAGCACUGGGAGGGCUCUUAUGGAUCGCAAACGACUGGUGCCGCUGUAUCUGGUGUCGCUGUGAAAGAGAUACGAAGAAGUACAGAAACUACUAUCGACCACGUGGAUGCUGCCCCUGCACCAUCCCCAAUUCCACAUUUCACAGUUUCAAAAGUUACUGUUCCUAAACCUGACCCUAGCUAUGAGAUUGUUGAGACUGCAGCAGUCCCAUCCCAUGCAGAAGAGCCAGUUAUGCCACCUACUCUUGUAGCUGGCUUGAAGAACGUGACUGUGACUGAGGGUGAAUCUGUGACUCUGGAAUGUCAGAUCACUGGUCACCCUGCCCCUGGCAUCAUGUGGUUCAGAGAGGACUACAGAAUUGAGAGCUCCAUUGACUUCCAGAUCACUUAUGAGAGUAAAUGUGCCCGUCUGGUCAUCCGCGAGGCCUUCGUAGAAGACAGCGGUCGCUUCACUUGCACUGCUACUAGCGAGGCUGGAACCAUCAGUACAUCCUGCUACCUGCUUGUCCAAGUAACUGAGGAGAUUGAGACCAGGGAAGAUAUGACACAAGGGCUGACACAGCAGGAAACGAUGACACAGCAGAGAACUGAGACCAUGUCAGAGGUAAAUGUCACCACCGCAGGUUCACCAGUAGAUACUGCAGAUGCUGUCGCUCCCUUCUUUGUCAAGAAGCCAACUGUACAGAAGUUGGUGGAGGGCGGAAGAGUUGUCUUUGAGUGCCAGAUCGGAGGCAGCCCCAAGCCCAACAUUAUCUGGAAGAAGACUGGAGUGCCCCUUACUACAGGAUACAGAUAUAAAGUGCACUACAAUAAGGAGAGUGGAGUGUGUAAAUUGGAGAUCUCCAUGACGUUUGCUGAUGAUGCUGGAGAGUACUCCAUCUUUGUCAAGAACCCGCUUGGAGAGGAGUCUGCCUCAGCCAGUCUACUGGAGGAAGGGGAAUAUGAAGAAUACAUGAAGAAACAUGAAAUGACCUAUAAUACUGAAGUGACUACGGUGCAGGCGGAUGUUUCCCCUGUUGUUGUGAGCGAAUAUGACGAGGACCAGAAGUAUAUCCAGAGAAUGGCACAGAUGCAAAGCUUUGUUAGAACGCAGGAAUUCCAGAUUUCUUCAUUUGAGGAGAGGAUUAUCCACGAGAUUGAGAUCCGCAUCUUGCAGAUUACCUACCAACAAAUUGUGACUGAGGAUCGGGAAGAGAUGGUGACUGUGGCAGACCGUGAGGCUGUACAGUCAGCCUUUAGUACUCCAGUUAAAAACUACAGGAUCAUGGAAGGAAUGGGGGUCACUUUCCACUGCAAAAUGGCAGGAACUCCACUACCCAAGAUCGUAUGGUACAAAGAUGGCAAGCGUAUCCAUCAUGGGGGCCGUUACCAGAUGGAGAGUCUUCAUGAUGGUAGAGCCAGCCUGCGUCUUCCUGUGGUGCUGCCAGAGGAUGAAGGUGUUUACACAGCAUUUGCCAGCAACAUGAGUGGAAAUUCUGUGAGCUCUGGGAAACUGUAUGUGGAGCCCACUGCCAUUGCAGUAGCUCAGCGUUACACGCCUGAACCUCAGGCAAUGCAGAGAAUUAGGUCUCAGUCCCCAAGAUCUCUGAGUCGCUCUCCCGGACGCUCUACUAGUCGCUCUCCCGGACGCUCUACUAGUCGCUCUCCCGGACGCUCUACUAGUCGCUCUCCCAGACGCUCUCCUGCAAGCAGGCUUGAUGACACUGAUGAGAGUCAGCUGGAGAGACUGUACAAGCCUGUGUUUGUUUUGAAGCCACAGUCAUUCAAGUGUGCUGAAGGGCAGACUGCCAGAUUUGACCUGAAAGUAGUUGGUAGACCCAUGCCUGACACUUUCUGGUUCCACAAUGGACAACAAGUUGUCAAUGAUUACACCCACAAGAUAGUGGUGAAGGAAGAUGGAACUCAGUCACUGAUUGUGGUUCCAGCCAUGCCCCAUGACUCUGGAGAGUGGACGGUAGUUGCUCAAAACAGAGCUGGAAAAAGCUCUGUGUCCAUAACACUUACAGUUGAUGCCAAAGAGAACCUGGUCAGACCCCAGUUUAUUGAGAAGCUGAAGAACAUCAGUGUCAAGAAAGGCACUCUGGUUGAGUUGGCUGUCAAAGCCAUCGGAAACCCCCUGCCUGACAUUGUUUGGCUGAAAAACAGUGACAUCAUCUCCCCACAGAAGCACCCAAAUAUUAAGAUUGAGGGCAUCAAGGGACAAGCCAAAUUCUAUAUCCCACAAUCUGUGAGUUCUGAUAGUGCCUGGUACACAGCCACAGCCAUUAACAAAGCUGGACGAGAUACCACUCGCUGCAGGGUCAACAUUGAGGUGGAUGUUGCUGCACCUGAACCGGAGAGGAGACUCAUUAUCACCAAGGGAACCUACAAGGCCAAGGAAAUUGCAGCUCCAGAGUUGGAAUCCCUGCAUCUCCGUUAUGGCCAAGAGCAGUGGGAGGAGGCUGACCUAUAUGACAAGGUCAAGCAGCAGAAACCGCAGUUUAAGAAGAAGCUGACUUCUGUCAGGCUGAAGCAUUCUGGUGUUGUCCACUUUGAAUGCAGACUGACCCCUAUUGGUGAUCCCACUAUGGUGGUUGAGUGGUUGCAUGAUGGCAAACCCCUUGCAGCUGCUAACAGAUUGCGCAUGGUUAAUGAAUUUGGCUACUGUAGUCUUGACUUUGAAGUUGCCUAUGCCAGAGACAGUGGUGUUAUCACCUGCAGAGCCACUAACAAAUUUGGAGUUGACCAGACCUCAGCUACACUCAUUGUAAAGGAUGAGAAGAGCCUUGUUGAGGAGGGCAGGAGGGAAAUAUACAGAAUUGAUGAGAUGGAGCGCAUGGCUCACGAAGGAGGUCCUUCUGGAGUCACUGCAGAUGAGUAUUCAGAGAAGUCAAAGCCUGAAAUUGUCCUUCUUCCCGAGCCAGCAAGAGUGUUGGAAGGUGACAUUGCAAGAUUCCGUUGCAGAGUGAUUGGUUAUCCUACACCUAAGGUCAACUGGUACCUCAAUGGGCAGCUCAUUCGCAAGAGCAAGAGAAUGAGACUUCGCUAUGAUGGCAUUUACUAUCUUGAGAUUAUCGAUAUCAAGUUAUAUGAUGCAGGAUAUGUCAAAGUGGUAGCAGAGAACCCUGAGGGCACAGCUGAGCAUAUGGUGAUGAUAGAGAUCACACAGAAAGAGGACUUCAGAUCUAUUCUCCGUCGCAUUCCUGAACCAAAGGCACAUGACACUACUGAACAUGGAAGAAUUAGCUUUGAAGUUGUGAAGGUUGAUAGACCUGCUGAUGCCCAGCCUAAGGAAGUUGUCAAACUGAGGAAGACUGAAAGAGUCAUUCAUGAGAAGUCCACAGAGGAGACAGAUGAGUUGAAGAGUAAAUUUAAGCGCAGGACAGAGGAAGGUUAUUAUGAAGCCAUCACUGCUGUGGAGCUCAAGUCCAGAAGAAAGGAUGAGUCCUAUGAGGAUAUGCUUAGGAAGAGGAAGGAAGAUCUGCUUCACCAUCAUAAACUGUUGUCUGAGGCUAAGAACAAGAAAGACUUGGAAGAGGGAAAACUCACCAUCCCCACAAUCAAACCAGAGAAAGUACAGCUCUCUCCCAGCAUGGAAGCUCCAAAGAUCUUGGAACGCAUUGCAAGCCAGACCGUGUCUCAGACUGAGGAAGUUCGCUUCAGAGUCAGAGUUGUUGGCAAACCGGAACCUGAGUGCCAGUGGUUCAAGAAUGGAAUCCUGCUGGAGAAGACAGAUCGUAUUUACUGGUUCUGGCCUGAAGACCACGUAUGUGAAUUAGUGGUCAGAAAUGUCACAGCAGAAGACUCUGCUAGCAUCAUGGUCAAAGCCAUGAACAUUGCUGGAGAGGCUUCAAGCCAGGCAUUCCUGCUGGUGCAAGGUAAGACAGUUAUUACCUUUGCUCAACAACUAGAGGAUGUGGAAGCUAAAGAGAAGGACACCAUGGUGACCUUUGAGUGUGAGACCAGUGAGCCUUUUAUCAAAGUCAAAUGGCUGAAGAACAAUGCAGAGAUUUUCUCUGGAGACAAAUACAGGAUGCACUCAGACAGAAAGGUUCAUUUCCUUUCUGUACUGAUUAUCAGCAUGAAGGACGAUGCAGAAUACAGUUGUGCUGUUAUUGAAGAUGACCACAUCAGGACCACUGCCAGACUCAAUGUGGAAGGUGCUUCACUGUCAAUUGUGAAGAGGCUGGAGAACAUUGAAGUGCCUGAGACCUACUCUGGGGAGUUUGAGGUAGAAUUGUCUCGAGAGGAUGCUGAAGGUACAUGGUACUUCAAUGACAAGGAAAUUACGCCCAGCAGCAAAUAUGUUACCUCCUACCGCCGUGGACGCCAUACCUUGUCUGUCAAAGACAUCAAGAAAGAAGAUCAGGGAAAAUAUACAUUCAAAAUUUACGAUAUGCAUACCAGUGCCUCCCUGAAGAUGAAACUGCGCCCUGUGACACUGAUGCAACCCCUCACUGACCUGACAAUCUGCGAGGGUGACAUUGCUCAAUUAGAAGUGCGAUUCUCUCAGGAAAACGUUGAGGGAACAUGGAUGAAGAAUGGCCAAGCAAUCUCCGCUACAGAUCGCAUCCACAUCGUUAUCGACAAACUGGUCCACAAGCUGCUUGUUGAAAAUGUGAGCAGAGAUGAUGCUGCAACAUACUCCUUCUUUGUCCCAGCUCAGGAUAUCUCCACCUCUGGGAAGUUGAACAUUCAAACGGUUGAAAUUUUGAGCCCACUCACUGAUGUUACCGCAGUUGAGGGCACCAAGGCUGUUAUUGAGACUAAAAUCUCUGCUGCUGAUGUUACCUCUGUGAAAUGGUUACACAAUGACAAGCUUGUGAUGCCCAGCGAGAGAAUCCAGAUGCUUGCAAAGGGAUCCAAACAGCACCUGGUAUUCCACAGGACCUUUGCCACUGAUGAAGGAACCUACAAGCUAUGUGUUGGCAAAGCUGACUCUAGCUGUAAACUGACUAUUGAAAAAAUUCAUAUCUUGAAGCAUAUGGAGGAUCAAGUUUGCACUGAGACCCAGAAUAUAACAUUUAAAGUCGAGGUUUCCCACCCUGGCAUUGCCGCUGUGUGGACAUUCAAGAAACAAGAACUCAAAGCUGGUCCAAAGCACAAGAUUGAGGCCAAGGGCAAGAAUUACAGUAUGACUGUCAUUAACACCAUGAAGGAUGAAGAGGGGCAAUACACAUUCGCUGCUGGUGAACAAACAUCCAGUGCUAAGAUUACUGUGUCAGGUGGUGCCAUAAACAGACCACUCCAGGACGUGACUGUGGCUGAGUCUCAGACAGCUGAGCUGGAGUGUGACGUGGCCAACCCAACUGCUGAGGGCAAGUGGCUGAAGGAUGGACAACCUGUGGACUUCAGUGACAAUGUCAAACAUGUGAAAAAUGGAGCUGUCAGACGUCUUGUUAUUACCAUAACUAGACCCCAGGACAUCGGUGAAUACACUUACCAGGUUGCAAACUCCAAGACAACAGCCAUCCUGAGGGUUGAGUCUGUGAAAGUCAAGAAAACCCUGACGAACCAAACUGUCACUGAGACACAGGAGGCAGAGUUCAGUCUCGAGCUCAGCCACAAGAAUGUGAAGGACUCACAAUGGAUUAAGAAUGGUGUAGAGAUCCAACCUAGUGAGAAAUAUGAAGUCACCGUUGAUGGCAUGGUCCACACCUUGAAGAUCAAGAACUGCGACACACGUGAUGAAUCAGUUUAUGGAUUCAAACUUGGAAAACUAUCUGCUAAUGCCAGAUUGAACGUUGAGACAAUUAAAAUUGUUAAGAAGCCUAAAGAUGUGACAUCACUAUUGGAUGCCACUGCCUCUUUUGAGCUGAGCCUGUCUCAUGAUGACAUCCCUAUCAAAUGGAUGUUCAAUAACGUUGAGCUUAAACCAAGUGAAAACAUCAAAAUGCUGUCUGAGAGAAAAGCUCACAAGCUGAUCAUCCAGAAUGUGAAGACUAACAACCAUGGAGAGUACACUGCUGUAGUUGGAAACCUGCAAUGCAGUGCAUCUUUACAUGUUGAAGCUCUGCGUGUCACAAAACCCAUCAAGAACAUUGAAGUCCCAGAGACCCAGGUGGCCACUUUUGAAUGCGAAGUGUCACAUUUCAAUGUCCCAUCCACCUGGCUGAAGAAUGGAGUGGAGAUUGAAAUGAGUGACAAGUUCAGGAUUGUGGUGCAGGGCAAACUUCACCAGCUCAAGAUCAUGAACACUGGCAGUGAAGACUCUGCAGAAUACACCUUUGUCUGUGGAAAUGACAGAGUCUUUGCCACUUUGACUAUCAAUGCCAUUUUGAUCACCUCCAUGCUGAAAGAUCUCAGUGCACAGGAGAAAGACACCAUCACAUUUGAAGUGAAUGUCAACUAUGAGGGCAUCACCUACAAGUGGCUGAAGAAUGGUGUUGAGAUUCGCUCCACUGACAGAUGCCAGACCCGCACCAAACAGCUAACUCACUCUCUCACCAUCCGAAAUGUUCAUUUUGGUGAUGGUGCAGAGUACAAAUUUGUGGCUGGUUCUGCUGCGUCAUCAGCAAAGCUUUAUGUUGAUGCUCGCAUUAUUGAAUUCACCAAGCAUAUCAAAGAUAUCAAGAUCACAGAGAAGAAGAGGGCCACUUUUGAAUGUGAGAUCUCUGAGCCUAAUGUUCAGGUGACGUGGAUGAAAGAUGGACAGGAACUGGACAUUUCCGAAAGAUACACUGUAUCCACUGAGGAAUUCCUGCACCGUCUAAUGAUCCAGUCAGUCUGCAUGUCUGAUGCCGGAGGGUACUCUGUAAUCGCUGGUGCAAGCAUGUCAAAGGCUCAUCUCACCGUGGAGGGCAAAGAUGUCUGCAUUACAGAACCUGCUGAGAAGAAAAUGACGGUUGUUGAGAAACAAAGAACAACGUUCGAGUUUGAAGUCAAUAAGGAUGACAUUGAAGGUCGCUGGCUGAGGAACGGCAUUGAGCUCCAGUUUUCCGUUGACCAGAGGUUCAGCUAUGCAUGCAUUAGAAAGCUCCAUCGUCUGACCAUUACUGAGACCUGCAGAAGUGAUGCAGGAGAAUACACCUUCAUCGCCGGCAGGAACAGGAGGGUGGUGACACUUCAUGUCAACAUCCCUGAGCCACCUCAGAUCAUUAACCACAUGCAGCCCCUGUCUGUGGAGUCCGGCAAACCUGCUCGCUUCUCUGUGGAAGUGACUGGCGUCCCCCAGCCCCAGGUGUUCUGGUACAAGAACUCCCAGGCUCUCUCCCCUGGCUUCAAGUGCAAGUUCCUGCGUGAUGGGAAUGAACACUGUCUGCUGCUCAUUGAAGUGUUCCCAGAGGACGCAGCGGUUUACAAUUGUGAGGUCAAGAAUGAGGGUGGUGUUGCCACCAGUUCAGCUGCACUGAAUGUCGAAGUCUCAGAAGUAGUUUCUCCUGAUACUGGAGCUCCUCUGUCCCCACCUACCAUUGUCUCACCAAUCAGCAACACCUCAACCACUGAGGGAGAGUCAGCCAGAUUCCAGUGCAAAGUUUCUGGAGAAGCUCUAAAGAUAUCCUGGUUCCGUGGUGAGAAAGAAAUGAAGCAGUCAAACUUCUUUAAGAUGUCUACGUUUGAUAACACCUGCCAGCUGGAGAUCACCAGAGUGUGCUCUGAGGUUGAGGGGGAAUACACCUGUGUUGCCAGAAACCCAGCAGGAAUGGUCACAUGCUCUGCACAUUUGAAACUUGAUGGGCAAAAACUAAUUACGGAUAUUACAUCCGAUUCUCAAAAGCAUGUCUCAUCCAGUAUUUCAACAAGCUUGUCAAGUGUAAAGAAGGAGCAAAUUGCCCAAAGGCCCACUUUUAUUCACCCAAUAGAAAUCUGCAUGGUUCAGCAUGGUGAAGUGGCCAGGUUUCAUGCUUGUGUAUCCAGCAUGCCAAAGCCAGAGAUUAGCUGGUAUCAUAACCAGCAGCCAAUUAAGCCUACUAAAGAUAUUGUUUUUCAUUCUGAUGAGAUGACAAACACCACCACACUAAUUAUAGUUGCUGCUUUCUCUGAGCAUGCUAGACAAAACACUUGCAAAGCAACCAAUAAUGCUGGAGAGGCGGUGUGCACAGCAGCCCUUGCAGUAACCAAAGAAGAAGUAACCAAUAUGAAGGAAGAGAUUGAAGCAACCAUUGAGCAAGAAGUCAAAGAGUUUUAUAAUAAAAGGACUGUGUUUCGGGAGAACAGAGGGCAGAUGCGCGGAGCCUUUUCAGACACGGAGGAGGUCUUGGAUCAAGCCAACAAUUCAUCCAUCAAGCCAUCUUUUAAAAAAAGGCUGAAGUUCCAGAAUGUUUUAGAGGGGGAACCUGCUGUGUUUAGAUGCAGAUUGGUAGCUUUCCCAACCCCAACCAUAAUAUGGUUUCAUAACAAUAGACAAAUUCAUAAAGAACGCCGUCGGAGAAUACGUACAGAGAGCACUUUGCACAUGCAUGAAACUAGUUUAGUCAUUGAUAGUAUAAAAGACAAAGACUCCGGCAGUUACAAAGUAAUGGUUAUUAACACAGAGGGGUCUGCAGAGUCCAUAUCAUCACUUCUGGUGUCAAUGAGGGAAGCACAAGAAGGCAAUGAUCUAAGUCACAUUAGACGGUCAACUAGACUUCACGGAAGCCUAGACUCGUUGGUUGAUCAAAAAAAGGAGAGAAAAUGCAGGGUUAACUUGAGAUGUGUUGGGUCUCCAUUUGAUCAAAAGUUCAAACCUAGCGGCAGAUCUAGAUCUAAGGAUGCACCGGUUCGCACCUUGCACUUCAGAAGUUCAUCACCAACAAGAGGGAAAGAUAAAGAAACUAAUCUGAAUGAAACAGCAUCCGAACGAGCCCUCUCUCCACCUUCUAUAUUUGGUGGAGAAAGAGUUACUAGGUCUGAAAGGUUUAACGACAGAUACAUUGAUAUCUACUGUGACAGACACACUGGCAGAUUCAGCGACAAGUUCAGUGACAGGUGCAGUGAUAGAUUCAGUGACACAGAAAGCCUCCACGAAGAGGUAAAAGCCAAGCUUGGCCUGUUACAAAAUGCAGUCAAACGAAAAAAGAGGCUCUCUAUGUCUACGCUGUCAUCAUCAGAGUUUGACUUGGAGUCAAACGCGAGUGAAACCAGCUAUGCAGAUUAUGUUGAUCGAUUAAGGGUCAAGAAGCCUGCCUCCUUACCUGGAGACUUGCAGCAUGCUCGACCUUUUGAAAGAAACGUUAGAAACGAUAAAGUGUCUGCCGAAUUCUAUGGUAGAUAUGACAGAAUUCCCACACAUUGUGCUGAGUCAACACAGCCCCGCGUGAGACAUUCAUUUGAACCUCAGUCUCGAACUAGGGCCAUUCAAAUGUUAAAAGGUGAUCUACCAGCGACAGGAAAUGAAAAAAACUUUGAUGAAGGAGUCUCUGAAACACAUAUGGAUAAAACGGUCCUUACUCCAGGGGAACCUCAACAUGAGUUAGGAUUCGAACAUAAGAUAGGUAAGGAUUUAGAAAAUCAAGGUGCACAAUACAUAGGAAAUCAAGGUGAGGACUAUUUAGGAAAGAAGUUGUCUGAAGACUUGAAGACAAAGAUGGAGGGACCGUUUGUCUUUGCUUGUCCUGAAACAAGGAGAUCUCUAAACAUUGCUGAAAAGGAUGAAUUUUCCAGAACCAGCUCAAACAAACCACUGAAGGAAAUAUUUUCCAGUAAGACGACUAAUAUACAAGAGGAUACUGUGAAGAGCACUGAAGAACAAUUUGAAAAACAACCCAGCUUUGCAGAAAACCGGUAUGAGAACACUGAGAGUGAAUGUGAAGAUAAACUUUUAGCCUUGCGGAUUAGAAAAUGGCAAAAAGGAAUGCAGAUGGACCAAGAGGAACAGUUUAAGCAUGAAACAGACCAUUCAAAGGCAAGGGAUUUGCCAUACACGCAAUCCAAAAUAUUAUAUGGUGAGGAGGUAGAGAGAAAAACAGACACAAAAACUGUCAGUGUCAAUGAGGAGAAAUCUUGGGAAGAGCAUCAUCCAUCCCUGGAAAAGGUCUGCUUAACCCGGGAAAAUGUGUACGGAUUAAAGAGUGGAACUGAACAGAAUUUGUCCCUUUCCCAAACCAAAGACGAGAGUGCCUGUGAGAAGAAAACAGGAGAAGAGAACACUGUAUCACAAGAAAAAAUCCAUGAAUUGAAUUUGUCCCAUUCUCCAAAAGAGAGGCAUGUCAAUAUGUAUGGUGAGGAGGUAGAUAGAAAAACUGCAACAGAAACUGAGGCAUUAAAUUUCCAACAUUUGCCCAGUUCUCAGAAAAAGAGUCCUGCAGAAAGUAGUGAGGUAACAUGGGAAGAGGACCAUUUAUCCCUGAAAAAGGUCAGUUUAUCCCUGAAAAAUAUUGCCCCUUUCCAGAAUGUUUCACUUUCCCAAUCAAAAGAGAGGAGCGCCAAUGAGAAGAAAACAGGAGAAGAGCACCAUUUAUCCCAGGAAAAUAUUUAUGGAAUGAAGAGUGAACCUGAACAGAAUUUGUCCCUUUCCCCAAGAGAAAUGCGUGCUAGUGAGAAGAAACACCAAGAAGAGCAGUGUCUUUUAUCCCGGGAAAAGACCCACAAAAGUGAAAUGUUUGGGAGUGAGGAAGAGGCUCUGGGACAUCGAAUCAUUAAAUGGCAGCAAGACGUCUUGACUGAGCAAGGGUUUGCUGUUGACUUGGAUUCUGAUUGGGUUGGUGCAGAGUACUCACCAUAUAUCGCUAGAAAAGUGGCUGAGUCAAAAAUGGCUGCUGAAGGCAUUACUCUUGGAUCAACCGCUCACUCUGAGGCAGAUUCAACGAGAAGAAGAAAGCCUUCCCCAGAAAAGACAGACUAUGAAAAGUUACUGACUGAGGAUGUUCCUCAUGGUUUCAGAGAUGAGAGAAGGUCCUCACUAGAAAAGACUGUAAAGGAACAUGUCCUUACUGAGAAUGAUAUCCCUCCUGAAUACAGAUAUGACAGGUCUUCACCAGAAAAAAAAACGAAUGAAAAGUUCCUUACUGAGGAUACCCCUCAUGAAUACAGAGAUGUAAGAAGAAAGUCUUCUCCAGAAAAGACAACAAAGGAAAUGCUUCUCCGUGAUGCUAGAGCCCAUGAAGGUCCAAGAAGGCCUUCUACAGAAAAGACAUCAAAGGAAAGGUUUCUGAGUGAGCAUGCCCCUCAUGACUACAGAGAUGAAAGAAGAAGAUCUUCGCCAGAAAGGACGGCAAAAGAAAAGUCCCUGAGUAAGGAUGUCCAUCAUGAUUUCAGAGAUGAAAGUUUCCAAUGGCCCCCUCCUCCACAAACCGUUGUAGAUGAAACAAGGAUGCAGACAACAGAAAGUGAGUAUUUUGUGAGCGAAGAGGAAGCUUUGGCUCAGCGCAUCUUAAAAUGGCAAGAAGACGUUCUCACCGAACAAGAAGAAGCUGUUGAAUUAGAGUCUAACUGGGCUUUGGCUGAACAUUCACAACACUCAAAGAAAAGCGAUGCCAGUGGACCUCAUGAAGGUUCCUCUAAUGAACCUGUGAAAGAACGCUCACCUGUGAAAGAACCCUCACUUAUGAGACAACAUCACAUUGGUCAGUAUGAAAGUUCCUCUUUUGAACCAGUCUCUCAUCAGAAUGAGAAGUCUCGUACAAUGUCUCUUGGGUUCUCGCAUGUGAAAGAGCACUCUCCUGUGAAAGAAUAUUCACCUAUGAGACAACAUCGGAUUGGUGAGCAUGUCUCUCAAGAGGAUUGGGCUAUGGCUGAACAUCGUAGGAGAACUGAUGUCAGUGGAGAUGAUGCCAAUGAAGGUCCUUCUUAUGAACCUGUUUCUCAUCAUAUCGAGAAGUUUCAUCAAAUGUCACUUGGGUCUCACUCACCUGUGAGAGGGUCCUCAUCAGUUAGAGAAACCUCACCUGGUAGAGAGCCCUCCCCUGGCAGAGAACGCUCACAUGACAGAGGUCAAUCACCUGUGAAAGAACCUGGUAGAGAAGCCUCAUCUGGGAGAUGCUGUUCACCUUUGAGAGAACUUCACAUUGGUCAGCAUGGCUCUCAAGCUGAAGUUGGUGCGGAAGGGCCUUCCAAUUGGGAAUCUGACUUGAGACACAAUGAAAAUGUGGCUAUUAGGACUGCAGAGAGGAAAGAAGGACAUAGAGAAAUGCUAUCAAAAGAAAACCUUCACCAAAUAGACAUGCCUCAGAGGACUAAAGAAGUUAAGACUUCACCAAAAACUUCUGUACCUAUCUUUGUGAGAGAAAUCUCAUCCUUGAAAGUAAAGAGGGGAGAGAUGACAGACUUUAAAUGUAGUUUUCGGGGAGACCCUCAACCAAUUGUCACUUGGCUCAAAGAUGACCAACCAAUCGGUCAAAACCCAGACUUUGAUGUUCUCACCAAAUUGAACGAAACAACUUUAACUAUCUACUAUCCCACUAUAUACCAUGAAGGGACAUUUAGUUGUGUUAUAACUAAUACAUUCGGAAAGUCAACCUCCUCUGCUACACUAGAAGUUACUGAAAGUAAGCAAUUAAGAAAAUUGCCAUCGCCAGUGGCCUCGUACAAAGUGAAAGUGACAACAGAGUAUGAAAUGAGUGAAGAAGAUCUUGACCAAAUGAUUGACGAUGAACUUGAAUCGUACAAUGGUGUUGAAAUGGAUGAGAAAUCUUUACUACAGGUGCCACAGGCUGUCUUGCACAGACCUUGUGCUUCAGACACUUCACAAUAUUCUUGUUCUCCUGUCGAGAUCAGGAUCACUGCUCCAACACCAGUCCCAUUCGAAAUGAUUGGAAAAGACACAGAGAUGUCUGAGGACGAUGGCAGUUCCCAUCCUAUGAAACACAAAUUCACAUUCUGCUAUGAUGCCGCGCAGGUAGUAAGUGAAUCUGAGAAGAUAAGUUCUUCAGAAGGCCAAACCGGAAAGGUUGAAAUCAGAUCUGAUGUGUCCUUCCAAUCUGCUGUGACUAUUGCUAGAUCUUCUGAGGUAGAAGCAACCAUGGCUGGUGAAUGGGAACAACAUAUACUAUCUGGAAAUUCUGAAGAUUUGAGGCAGUCCCCUCUGAGUGAUACUGGGCAUAUUUCUGACCCGACAUUGAUGCAGACUUUGAACAAAUCUGUAGGUUCCAACAACCCUAAGGAUAAUGUUUCAGAAUUAGCUAGAUCAGAGGCAGACAUGGCAAAUGAGAGCAAACAGCAUAUACUAUCCAGAUUUUCUGAAGAUUUGAGGCAUUCCCCUCUCAGCCAUACUAGUGAUAUUACUGAUCAGGCAUUAAUGCAGGAGCUGGACAACUCUAUAGGUUCCCACAGCCCUGAAGAGUAUGUUUCAAACGUAUCUAAACCAAAACAAAGUGUUUCAAAAGAAGCACCUACUAUUACUGGGUGUGGUCUGCAAUCAUCUGCUGCGCCAGUCAAAGUGUCACAAAUGAAGCAGGCAUUUGAGGCACCUGGGUUGUCAGAGGCACCUGACUUGUUAGAUACCACUUCUGUUGAUGAAGUGAAAAAGUCCACAGAGUCAUAUUUCCCUGAGGAGUAUAUCCCAGAAGUUGCAAUCCAUCUUGAUCAUGAUGAUAAGUCAUUGGCAACUAAUGUUGUGGAAGGAACUCCACUGCAGUCCAAACAAAACAGUAUGUUAGUAGAAGGUAGUGAUACACAGAUUCCGAGAGCAAAGUUAAUUUCAGCCAAAAGUGGGCCAGAGGUUGUGUUACUAGGUGGUGCACAGAUUUCUGCCAAAGUGAAAUCAGUCUCCCCCAAAUGUGCCCCAGUGGGUGUCCAGGCCAUGUCUGAUACUCUGGAGGAAGACAAUGAAAUCUGUAUGAUUUCUGGAGAAACUGUUGAGGAAGCUGACAUAAUUGACACCCACAGUCACUUAAGUAUAAGAGAGGUGCAGGUGUCACCAACGCUUGUCAGACCUGAGGCAGUUAAGGCAGUAAAGACUAGCCAUUCAACAGAAUGUAUGGGACCUCAUGUAAAAGAUCAAAAUAUGAUAGAGGACAGUCUUUGUGAAAAAGUCCCAGUGUUGGUGACCCCAGAUGAUGUUUCAGCGUCAGUCUGUGAUGAGUCUGUAGAGCUAAAAAGAUUAUCUGGCUCAUUUGCAGCUCCAGAAAUUCAUAGAUUGGACACUCAGUCUUCUGUUGGCAAUGACAUGACUGAUAUUAAUGAAAACUUGUCUCUAUCUGAACUCUUAAAGGAUAGCGCGUUUGUCAGUGUUACUUGGGCACAUAGUGAAAUUGUUAGUGAAGAAACAGCAGAGGAAAACGAGGAACAUGCUGUUGCUGAGAGUGGUGAGCCUUCAGUGGUUUCAAAAUCAAUUAACGUCAAGCUCAAAGGAGAUGGGUGUACAGAUUAUCUUGCUGCACAAGGUCCACAACAUCAAGCAGAGGCUAAACCGGAAAGUGCUGAUCUAAGUACGGCUGUCAGUGAAGGUGCUUCAGGUGUGAUCUCACUUGAGGAGGAGGUAGUAACCUUCAGUACUGUUUAUGACUACUACCACCCACCAACUGAAUGGGGCAGACCCUUAUCACCAGAGUCAGAUAUGUCCAUUGAGUGUGGUAGCACAUUUAGUGAGGAAUUAACAGAAAUCGAGCAGUUCUAUACUCCAGAUUCUUCAAAUGAAAAUUUGCAGCUCCCUAAAACUCCAGAAUCUUUCCACACUCCUGAAACUGAAACCCCGGCAGGUUAUAUGACCCCUAAUGAGUAUGCCUUCUCUCCUCUUGAACGUAAAAGACCAUCCACUGACUCCAGUGAGAGGUUAUUUUCUCCUGCUAAGUUCUUGAGGUCACCCGAUGAUGAGGGCAUUGAGACAACACCCCCUGCAUUUAGAUUAGAUGAAGGACGUUUCCUCUCAGAGCGUGCCCUUGGCCUUGGAGGACUACAGGAAAAAGUCCAGGGAAUCCCUCCGGCUUUCCUCAAACCUCUCACCAAAAGGAGAGUUUUUGAACAUGAUUCGUUAUCGUUUUAUGCUGAGUUGUUUGGGUUGCCUUCACCUGAAGUGAAGUGGUUUAGAAACAAAACCCAAUUUGUUGCAGAUGAAAGGAUUACAAUGGACAGAGAUGGUGACAAUAUCUGGCUUGUUAUUCAGAACAUUACGAAAGCUGAUCAAGGUGAAUAUAUUUGCGAAGCUGUUAACUAUGUAGGAGAGGCAAAAAGCGUUGCACUAGUUGUAGUUAUAUCCAACGAGGCCAGAUARAUGCRCCCACCACCYMCAGUCACCCARCAGCAUGUGAUGGAGUUUGAUGUUGAGGAAGAUGAUGACUCAUCGAGGUCUUGCUCCCCUCAGGAGAUURUAUUYGAGGUGGAGRUGGAUGAAAAUGAGGUUAAAGAGUUUGAGAGACAGGUGAAGAUAAUUACCYUCCCAGAAUACACCGCUGACAAUAAAAGUAUGAUAAUAUCACUCGAUGUUCURCCGAGUAUGUWCGAGGAGAGUGGAGUUGACUUUGUAACGCAAGAAAGGGAUGAUUUGAAAAUAGCUUUUGAGGUUACAGAAAUGCCGCCUCGCUUCAUCAACCCAAUUUGUGAUAUGGAAACCCCUGAGAAUACAACUGUAAUGUUUGAGUGUUCUCUGAUGGGAAUUCCAUCACCCAUAGUAUCAUGGUUUAAAGGUAACAAAAAGAUCCCUCACGAUAACAAGAAAUACUUGUACUCAUCUGAUGGAGACAAUCAUUUUCUUAAGAUUAGGAACGUCAGCGCUCAUGAUAGUGGAAUAUACACCUGCAGGGCCAUCAAUGUGGUUGGGGAAACUCUUUGCCGGGCAUCUCUUCUUGUGUUGAAUCCUAAAAGCUUUAUAGGAAAAACAAGAGGGAGAGAAUUGACAGCUGUGUCUCUUGGUAGUGCUAAAGUUCAGCCUCAAAAGUUUGACUUGGUUGUUGGGACUGAAUUUGACGGUGAGCAGGCAUCAGAAAUAGAGCUGGAAUUUGAAUUUGAGCAGGAAGCUGAUGAAUCACAAAAGGCUGUUAGACUUGUAGCCAUGACGAACAAUGAGAUGAGCGAGCAGGGACAGAAAUAUGUCAGUAUCAACUUUGGCGUUUUCGCAGAGCCCGCCAAAGAUGAUAAAAUAGUUUUCAAAGGAAAGUCAUCAGAAUUGUGUAGUUUCCGGUUUCAAAUGACUGAAACUCCACCAAAAUGCAUUAUUCCUUUGACAAACAUCACUGCAGCAGUAGGAACUCCAGUGGUCCUCCAGUGUUUAGUGAAUGGUAAGCCUCAUCCCACCGCUGAAUGGUACAAAGAUGGCGAUCCAGUGAAAGACACUCGGUACAUGAUCCAAGAGAAAGCAUCUGGACAUUUUAAUUUGAUCAUCACAAAUGUCACCCAAAAGGAUGCCGGAGAGUACAAGUGUCUUAUCCAAAACAAAUCUGGAUAUACUGAAACAACUGGUUUGUUGAACGUGUUGAACAACCCAGAUGGCUCUGGCUUCAUCAGCAUGAAGGGCAUCCAACAGCAGGACAGUGGUCUCUACACAUGUUAUAAAGUAUCCAUGUCAGCUGAACAAGCUACAGAGUCCCACUUGUACGAGGUCAAACUUCCUGGAGAGGCCAGGGCCAGCAUUCAGGCAGGACAUCAGAUGGUGUACACCAUUGGCACAGAGGACAGCCACGUUGUAAAAACCCUUAGAGAGUUGGAUAACUCAGCGGCUACGUUCCAAAAAGAGAAGGUCACCCAUCAGGCUGCAGUUCUGCAGUCACAUGAGCUUGAGUCUACGAAACUAGUGGUGAAAGGAAGUGCUGUGAAGCUGGAGUGUAAAGCAACCGGCACCCCUGAGAUCAUUUUUAAGUGGUUUAAGAACGAGAUUGAGAUGAGACAAAAUGAGAAAUACAAAAUGGCUGUUACCAACUCAGUUGCCUCACUGGAGAUUGCCAACUGCUCUGUUGAUGAUAGUGGAGAUUAUAUUAAUUGCAAAAUAUCUGGAUCUCUUCCUAUCACUGUGGAAUGGCAGAAAGAUGGGAACAGAAUUGACGUUGGUGGAAAAUAUAAACUUGUUCGUCAAGACAUUUCUAUGUCUUUGGAAAUCAGACAGUUAGAGAGAGCUGAUGCCGGCACUUACUCUUGCAAACUGACAAAUAAAGCAGGAAGUGUUGAAUGCAGUGGGGCAGUGGUGAAAGCGCCACCAAGCUUUGUGCUGUUGCCUGAGUCUCAUACAGCCCUUCCUAACUCCAACAUGUGAUUUAAGAGCACGUUUAAAGGAACACCUCCUUUCACAGUGAAAUGGUUUAAGGAUGACACUGAAUUGAUCACUGGACCAUCAUGUUUUACCGGACUGGAAGGAUUAUCUUGCUUCUUAGAUCUUUACUCAGUUGGAGUUUUGCAAAGUGGAAUUUACUCUUGUCAAUUUAAAAAUUAUGCUGGCAUUGAAAGAUGUAGUGCCGCUUUAAUGGUGAAAGAACCUCCUGAAUUUGUGCUAAAAUUGCCAGUCACAAAGUUUGUGAAGAAGUGCGAGCCACUCCAUCUUGAAUGCAAAGUUAAGGGUGCGCCCUCUCUGCGAAUGCAGUGGUACAAAAAUGACACUAAGAUCACAGAUGGUGACAACUAUAGAAUAUCAUUUGUUGACUCAAUGGCAGUCCUUGAGCUGCGCACCACAAGAUUUGAUGACAAUGGAGUCUACACCUGUGAAGCAACCAAUGACGCUGGAAGUAUAAGCUGCAGCACAACUCUUAGAGUCAAAGACGCACCAUCUUUCCUCAAAGUACUUCGGCCAAUUGAAGGAAUGAAAGGAAAGGAUGCUAGCCUACACUGUGAGAUGUUUGGCACAGCACCCUUUGAGAUUACCUGGGCCAAAUACAAAACGCCACUAAAGGAAAGUAGGAAAUAUAAGAUUGUGAAUGAGGUUACCGCUGCCACUCUUCAUAUAAUUGGAUUGGAAGCUUCAUAUUUUGGAGAAUAUAAGUGCAAGGCACCAAACAGUAUAGGAUAUGAAACAUGCCGUACCACAGUUAAACUCAGAGAACCACCAACGUUUGUGGAGAAAUUGUUGAAUACGACAUGCACAUUGGGUGAAGAAGUCACCCUGACAGCCACUGUCAAAGGCUCUCAGCCAAUGACUGCAUCUUGGAUACAGGAUAAGGAUCACAUUCUCAGAGAUGGUGACAUCCAGAAAAUUACCUUUGAAAACAACCAGGUCCCUCUUAAAGUCUUUAAAGCAGACUCACUGGUAAUGGGCAAAUACACGUGCCAACUCCGAAACGAUGCCGGAGUUGUGGAAUGUUUUUCUAACAUAACUGUAUUAGAACCCGCUAAGGUUGUGGAGAGACCAGAGUCUUUCAGCGUGACUGCAGGUGAUAUUGCAGCUCUAGAAGUCAAAGUGUCGGGGACACCAGAGCUGAAACCAAAAUGGUUUAAGGAUGGAGUCGAGCUUUCCUCUGGCCAGAAGUACAACAUCUCCUUCUCAAAGAUGAUCUCCAGCUUGAAAGUGUUGUCUGCAGAGAGGAUUGAUAUGGGAGAAUAUACAUUUGAGGUCAAAAAUGAGGUUGGCAGUGAUCUCACCAAAUUAAACCUCACUGUCCUAGAUAAAACCAUACCUCCAACAUUCACACGGAAACUGAAGGAAUCUCAACCUAUUGUUGGAAAAGCUGGAGAAAUGGACUGCAAAGUCUCUGGUUCUGCACCUUUCACCAUUACCUGGUACCAUGAUGAAGAGGAGAUCAAAACUGGACCAAAUUAUGAGAUUGCAUUCAGUGACAACACCUGCACACUUAAAGUGCCCACUCUUAAGUGGUCUGACUCUGGAGUGUAUAAAUGCAAAGCCGUAAACAAGGCCGGAACCAAUGAGACCAGUGCCUCUUUCAUUGUGAAAGAACCUCCUUCUUUUGUGAUGCCACCUCAGCCAUUGGAAGCAAUGCCUGGCACAAAUGUAACUUUCUCAGCAAUUGUCAAAGGAAGUGCCCCACUGAAACUGAAAUGGUUCAGAGGCACAAAGGAAAUUGUGUCUGGAAAAGGCUGUGAAAUUGCUCUACGGGACAAUACAGCUACUCUGGAGCUAUCCAAAAUUGACAAAUUCCACGCUGGAGAGUAUACAUGCCAGAUUAUUAAUGAUGCUGGGAUGGAAAGUUUCCUAGUUAACCUGUCUGUGAAAGAACCUGCUAGCUUUGUUAAGAAGCUGAACGACCACUCUGUUGAAAAGGGAAAAUCAUUGAUACUUGAGUGCACAUACACUGGAACCCCAAAGAUAUUUGUCACCUGGUAUAAGGACGGCAAACAGCUAUAUGCCUCUUAUAAGCACCACGUCACUACCACAGAGACCUCCUGCAUCUUGGAGUGUUUAAACAGUGACGAUAAGGAAGCAAGUGGGGAAUACGCUUGUGAAGUUUCCAAUGAUGCUGGAAAGGAUACCUGCAAAGCACAAGUGUUCAUUUUAGAACCACCUCAUUUCAUUGAUCAUUUGGAGCCAAUGGAAGUUACUGCUGGUGAUGCAGUUUGUUUGAAAUGCCAUGUUGGAGGAACCCCUGAAAUUAAGGUGGCUUGGUUUAAGGCCGACGGAAAAGUGAGGUCCUCCCCUAAUUGCAAAAUAGAGUAUUCCAAAGGCAUUGCUUGCUUGAAAUUGAGCAAAGCAGCCGAGGCUGAUAUUGGUGAAUACACAUGCAAAGCUGAAAACAGAAUAGGAUCAGCCUCAUCCAGCUGUCGUCUCUCUGUCCAAGAGGCAAAAACGCCACCUACCUUCCCCAAGAAAAUAACCAGCAUUCAACAGACUGAAGGAAAGGAAGUUAAAUUUGAGUGCCGUGUGGCAGGCUCCUCGCCCAUUGAGGUCUCUUGGCUUAAAGACGGUGAAACUGUGAAAUCCAACGACUAUACCAUGAGUUAUGAUGAUAACACUGCUGUCCUACAAAUAUCCAGAGGUGAAAUGAGACACUCUGGGGAAUACACUUGUGUUGCUACCAACAGUGUUGGGACUGCAUCCUGCAGAGCCAAACUCACUCUUAAAGAGCCAAGAUAUCCCCCUGUCUUUGAUAAAAAGCUGUCACCCGUGGUGGACGUUUCAGUGGGUGAUAGUGUGGAAUUGGAAUGCCACAUGACUGGAUCUUUGCCAUUAAAAGUCACUUGGUCAAAAGAUCACAAAGAUAUUCGAUCAGGGGGAAAUUACAAGAUGUCCUGUGUGGAUAACACCCCACACCUCACUAUAUUGAAAGCAGAUACAUCAAAUUAUGGCUGCUACUUUUGCCAUGCCACUAAUGACAUUGGAAAGGACUCUUGUUCCACUGAAAUUACUGUCAAAGAGCGCAAAAUCCCACCUUCAUUCACCAAAAAGCCCACAGAGACCCUAGAGGAAACGGAGGGCAAGAUGGUGAAAAUUGAGGCACGUUUGUCUGGAUCUCAGCCCAUGACCAUUAAUUGGUAUAAAGAUGACAGUGAGAUUCACAGCUCUGAUCACUAUGACAUGUCUUUCAAGAGCAACGUGGCUGUGUUGUGUAUCAAGAGCUCCAAAGUCUCAGACUGUGGGAGGUAUACCGGCACAGCCACCAAUGAAGCAGGCACUGCCUCUUGCAAAUUGACAGUUACCAUAACUGAACACAAGAAGCCCCCUACAUUUGACCCCGCUCUCAAACCUGUCACGCUGACCGAGGGUGAGAACCUGCACCUUAGCUGCCAUGUCCAUGGAUCCCCUUCUAUGACGAUUCAGUGGAUGAAGGACAGGAAAGACUUGAAAAACAAGUCCAGCAGUAAAAUAAGUUUUGCCGAUGGUGUUGCCUCUUUGGAGGUCAUGCGUGUAUCAAAGAAUGAUGCAGGGGACUAUCUCUGCAAGGCAACCAAUGAGGCUGGUAGUGAAUUCUGCAAGGCCAAAGUAACUAUCAAAGGUACACCAGAGAAAUCCAAAGCAGCACCUGAACCCGCUGAAGAGGAACCAACAGCAGCACCAGUAAAGAAACUGGACAACUUGUUCUUCAUCGAGGAGCCCAAGCCUUGCCAUGUAGCCGAGAAGGGCACUGCAACUUUCAUUGCCAAAGUUGGAGGUGAUCCUAUUCCUAAUGUGAAAUGGAUGAAGGGCAAGUGGAGGCAGAUCACUCAUGGUGGACGCAUCACUAUUGAGCAGAAGGGACAGGAGGCCAAGUUGGAGAUCACAGAAGUAACAAAGUCUGACUCCGGACAGUACAGAUGUGUCGCAACUAACAAAGCUGGAGAAAUAGAAUGCAGCACCGACUUGAAUGUUGACGAAAGGAAAGAGGAUGCUGGAGUUGAGGGAGACUUCAGAGCAAAACUGAAGAAGACUCCAUCUAAACAGAAGAGUCCUCGGGAAGAGAAAGACAUUGACAUUGUAGAGUUGCUCAGAAAUGUGGACCCUAAGGAGUAUGAGAAAUACGCCCGUAUGUAUGGAAUCACUGACUACCGUGGACUUCUUCAGGCCAUUGAGCAGCUGAAGAGGGAGAAAGCAGAAGGAAGUGGAAGACCGGAACCGGAGAGAGAGAGAGAGUUGGAUGAGGAUUUGGUCGCUCUUGUGGCUGAUUUGCAAAAGAGAAUGGAAUGUACUGAGCCGGUCACCGUGAAUAAGGACAUAACAGAUCAGUCUACAGUCACCAACAAGGUUGCUACUUUUGAGUGUGACAUCAAGAUCAACUACCCUGAGAUCACCCUGUCCUGGUACAAGGGAACUCAGAAGCUUGACAACAAUGACAAAUAUGAAAUCAACAUUGUUGGUGACCGUCACAUCUUGAAGAUCAAGCAGUGUCAAACCAAAGACCAGGGAAACUACCGUGUUGUAUGUGGCCCACAUAUCUCCAGUGCCAAACUGACUGUUAUCAAUCCUGAGGUUGAGAAACAUCUGGAGGAAGUUGCGGGACAGGAGGGCCAAACAUGUACUCUGUCUUGUCAGUUUUCUAUCCCUAAUGUCAAAACCCAAUGGUUUAAGAAUGGAAAGCUCUUAGAAAUGAAACGCAGAUACUCGUAUGAGGUGGUCAACAACAUUCAGAGGCUCUCGAUUAAAGACCUCAGACCAGAAGACCAAGGACGUUAUACCUGCAAAUAUGAAAACCUCGAAUCAACUGCAGAUCUCUUGGUUGAAGCCCAGAGAGUACCUGUUGAGGAGGAGUCUGUCCAGAGUAAGAAGGUUGGAAUGAGGGAGGAAAUGCCACAAAAAGUGUCUGAAGCUCACAAGAAACCAGAGGAGAAGCCUAAACCAGCUGAGGCAGCAGAACCACAUAAAGAACCAGCAAUGAAGAAGGAAUCACCUCCACAGCCUGUUGAACCACUUACAAAGAAAGUGUCUCAGCUAGAGAAGACUGUUGUUGCUGAAGGGGUGAAAGAAUCUGAGCCAUUUGCAAAGAAAGUGGCUAAACCAGAGUCUAAACCUGAAAUCAAGCUAGAGUCCAAGCCAGAGAAGAGGGUUAUUGCUGAAAAGCCUGCUGAGACACUUGUAAAGAAAGUGUUUACGCCAGAGUCUAAGCCAGAGCCUAAACCAGAGGCUAAAACAGAGCCUAAACCUAAACCAGAGGUUAAACCAGAUCCUAUGCCAGAGCCUGCUGAGACUUGUAAAGAAAGUGACUACGCCGAGAAGACAGUUAUUGCUGAUGUGGUGAAAGAAUCACCUCCAAAGCCUGCUGAGACACUUGUAAAGAAAGUGACUACGCCAGAGAAGACAGUUAUUGCUGAUGUGGUGGAAGAAUCACCUCCAAAGCCUGCUGAGACACUUGCAAAGAAAGUAGCCAAACCAGAGUCUAAGCCAGAGACCAAUACAAAGAAGAUGGCUAUAGUACCAGUAAAGAAGAAGGAAACACUCCCACAGCCCACUGAGCCGCUUGUGAAGAAAGUGCCUAAGCUAGAGAAAACAGCUGUUUCUGAGGAGGUGAAAGUAACACUUCCAAAGCCGGCAGAGCCACUUGUAAAGAGAGUGUCUUCGCCAGAGUCUAAACCAGAAAAAAUGAAUGCUGAGGAGGUGAAAGAAUCACCUCUUAAGCCGGCUGAGCCAAUUCCUAAAAAAGUGCCUAAGCCAGAGACAAUGGUUAUUGCUGAGCUGGAAUCACCACCUAAGCCUACUAAGCCACUUGUAAAGAAAGUGGCUGAGCCAGAGACUAAGCCAGAGAAGAUAGCUAUUCUUGAAGAAGAUGUUCCCAAAAAAGUUCCAGCAAAGGAGAAGGAAUCAGCUCCAAAGCCUGCUGAGCCUCUUGCAAAGAAAGUGCCCAAGCCAGAGAAAACAGCUAUUGCUGAAGAGGUGAAGGAGUCACCUUCAAAGCCUGCUGAGACACUUCUUAAGAAAUUGUCUUCGCCAGAGUCUAAACCUGAACCUAAGUCUGAGCCUAAGCCAGAGAAGAAGGCUGUUGCUGAGCCUCCAAAGCCAGCAGAGCCACUUCUAAAGAAAGUGUCUAAGCCUGAGUCUAAACCAGAGAAGAAUGCUGUUGCUGAGCCUCCAAAGCCAGCAGAGCCACUUCUAAAGAAAUUGUCUAAGCCAGAGUCUAAACCUGAGCCUAAGUCUGAGUCUAAACCAGAAAAGAAGGCUCUUGCUGAAGUGGUGUCUCUUUCAAGUGAAGAUUAUGUUGCUCCCCCAAAAGCUGUGACCGUUGAGCCAGAGAAGGACAAAGACAAAGAAUCUGUGGUUUUCAAGAGAGUUCAAAAGAAAUCACCACAAGAGAAAAGUGAUGGAGCACCACCAAAGAAGGUGCCAGGAAUGAAAGAGCUUUCUCCCAAAGCGGUACAGUUACGAAAGAUCUCCACUCAGCUGGAGGAGGAAGUCUUUGAGGAGGAGCCAGAGGUUGAGGAGGAAUCUGACAAUGAAGGUUGGGGAUGGAAACUUGUCCCUCGUGAUAGUUCUGGGUCCACAGAAGACUGGGGAGAGGAAGGUGAUGCACUUGAGACCCCUGGAAUGCCAAGACGAGAUGGAAAGCCAGCAGAAGAAGCAGGUGCAGGUAGAGGUGCAGGCAGAGGCAGAGGCCUCAAAGCAGGCAAAACUCCAUCCCCUGGUGAAGGCAGGGGUAGAGGACUGAAACCCGGUGGUGGUGGAGGAGACAAACCCCCAGAUGCUAAUCCUUUUGGAUUCCAGCUCAAAGCAGUUCCACUGAAGUUUACGAAACCACUCAAAGACAUAGUGUUACAAGAAGGUGAUGCUGUUGGUGCAUCUGCUACGUUUGAGUGUGAAGUUUCACCUUCUACUGCUGUAACUACAUGGAUGAAAGAUGGCAGCAACCUAAGAGAGAGUCCAAAACACAAAUUCACCUCUGAUGGCAAAGAUCGCAGACUGGCCAUUAUUGACGUCCAACUGGUGGACACUGGAGAGUACACUUGUGUUGCCAAGCUGGGCAACAAGGAAAAGACAACAACCGCCAAACUCAUUGUUGAAGAACUGCCCGUGAAGUGGGUGAAAGAGCUGGGUGAGGAGACGUCGGUCCUGAAGGGGCAGCCUAUGUACCUGACCUGUGAGUUGAACAAGGAGAGAGAAGUGACCUGGAUGAAGAGUGGUAAAGUCCUCAAAGUAAUCGCUGGAAAGGUGGCCAUCAACGUUAUUGGAAUGCAACAAGCCGUUACAAUCCAGAACAUGGGAGAUGACGACGCUGGAAUCUACGCAUGCGAGUGUGAACUCAUCAGGACUAAAACAACUGUCAAAAUCAUUGAAAUUGUCAGAGACUGGUUGGUGAAACCAUUGAAAGAUCAGCAUGUGAAACCCAAGGCCACUGCCACUUUCAAAUGUGAGCUCUUCAAAGAAACCCCCAACUGGAAGUUUUUCAAAGGCAACGAUGAGAUUCCUAAUGAUCCUACUGACAAGACUGAGGUCAAGAAAGAAGGCAAAGUCCUGACUCUCACAAUAAAGAAUGCACAGCCCGAAGAUAUUGCAGAAUAUACCAUGGAGGUUGAAGGCCACAGAUACACAGCUAACCUGACUCUUGGAGAACGUGAAGCUGAGAUCUUGAAACCUCUCUCAAGUUGCGAGGUGGUCGAGAAAGAGGAUGUUACAUUUGAAACUGAGAUAUCUGAAGAGGAUGUGCCUGGAGAAUGGAAACAUAAAGGGCAGGUCUUAACAAGAUCACCGACAUGUGAGAUCAAAAUGGAGGGCAAUAAACGUUUCCUCACUCUGAAAAGUGUUCCACUGGACGCGUCUGGUGAAGUGUCUUAUACAGCUCUGAAUGCUGUCACUAGUGCUGUGCUCACAGUCAAGGAGAUGGAAAUGGACUUCACAGUCCCCUUAAACGGCAUGUCUGUACCUGAAAAGAAACAGGCUAUGUUUGAAUGUACUAUCACAAGGGAUGUGCCUGAAGUCAUGUGGUUAAAGGGGUCAGACACUAUUGGUACAUCAGACAAAAAAUAUGAAAUAAUCAAUGAUGGAAUAAUACAUAUGUUGGUCAUAACUCACAAUGGUGAGUUUGAUGAUGAGGGAAAUUACAGUAUAGAAGCCUUGGGCAAAAAUUCAACCUCUACACUCACUGUGGAGGGUAUGAGGCUCAAAUUUGAAUUGCGACUUCAGGACCAAACUGAGAAGGAAGGUAACACUGCUCGGUUUGAGCUUGAGCUCUCUCAUGAGAAUGUACCUGUGACAUGGUACAAAAAUGAAGUAGAACUCCAUGUGAGCAGAACCGUGCUCAUCCAUAGUCGUGGAAAGAAACACGCGUUAGAAAUCAAGGAGUUGACUCUUGAUGAUAUCUGCCAGGUUAAGGCAGAGGCUAAAGGAAUUCUCUCAAUGGCAAAACUGACAGUGAUAGAGGGGGAUGCAUACUUCGUAGUGAGGUUGCAGGAUUAUACUGCAGUCGAGAGUGAACUCAGCAAAGAUGUCCCAGUCAUGUGGUACCAUAAUGAGACUGAAAUGAAGGCCUCUAAGAUGGUAACCAUAAGGGCUGAAGCGAAUUGAAGAAUGUUGUCCAUCAAGAAAGUGGAGGACUGAGAUAAGGGACAAUACGUAUGUGAUUGUGGAACGGACAAAACCAUGGCAAAUAUUAACAUUGAAGCUCGAGAUAUAGACAUAACUCGCCCAAUGUAUGACGUUGAGCUCUUUGAAGGCAAGACUGCUCAUUUUGAGGUAGAAAUCUCUGAAGAUGAUGUCCAUGGCCAGUGGAAACUGAACUGAGAAGUCCUUACUCAAUCCCCUGACAUUGAAACGAUAGAGGACGGUGCAAAGCACACAUUAAUAUUAUACAACCUCAAGGCCCCCUUGUCAGGGGAGAUUCUAUUUACAGCUGCUAAUGCUAAAUGUGUUGCUAAUCUGAAAGUGAAAGAGAGUCCAAUUACAUUUGUCACACCUUUGAGUGAUGUACAAGUGUAUGAAAAAUAUGAGGUCAGAUUUGAGUGUGAGGUGUCCAGAGUGCCUAAGGGCUUCCGUUGGCUCAGGAGAUCUCAUGAGUUGACAGCUGAUGAUAAGUUUGAUAUUACCCAUGAGGGAAAGAGACACACUCUGGUGGUCAAAUCUGCCGCAUAUGAGGAUGAAGCUGAGUACAUAUUUGAGGCAGAGGGCAAGAGAACCACUGGCGAACUAGUUAUCCAAUGAAUUCGCCUUGAGUUUGUGAAGCCCAUUAAAGAUGUCAUGGUCAAAGAGCGCUAGACAGCAGAGUUCAGUAUUGAGGCUAGACAGCAGAGUUCAGUAUCACAUGACAACAUCCAGGUCACCUGGUACAAGAACAAUGUGCGUUUGCAUCCCAGCCAAGUUGUGCACAUGUCAGACGAUGGCAAGAUGCACAAAUUGACCUUCAAGGGGGUGUCCAUUGAUGACACAUCCAUGAUCAAAGUAGAGGCCAUGGACAAAAUCUCAGAGGCCAUGCACACAGUUCUCGAGGGAAAGCCUUACUUCACGACAAAACUGCACGACUACUCAGUCACUGAGAAAGAUGAACUGACGAUGAUUUGUGAACUGAGCAAGCCCAAUGCAGAGGUGAAAUGGUUCAAAGGUGACCAGCAAAUCACUUCCUCCAAGAACGUGGUCAUCAAAGCUGAUGGAAAGAGGCGUAUGCUGAUCAUUAAGAAGACAGAGAAAGCCGACAUUGGAGAAUACAGCUGUGAUUGUGAUACGGACAGAACCACGGCCAAGCUCAACAUUGAAGAUCGUGACAUUACGUUUGUCAGGCCCCUGUACAGCGUGGAAGUGACAGAAACUGAAAUCGCCAAGUUUGAGACUGAGAUCUCUGACGAGGAUGUCCAUGGUCACUGGAAGCUCAAUGGAGAGGCCCUUCAUCAGUCUCCUGACUGUGAGAUUAAGGAGGAGGGUACAAGGCAUGUCCUUAUCCUGUACAACGUUCGCAAGGAUCAGGCCGGAGAAGUUGACUUCCAAGCUGCCAAUGCUAAAUCCAAUGCUCAGCUUAGAGUUAAAGCGCGGGUAAUCGGCCUGCUGCAGCCUCUCAAGGAUGUUACUGUUACUGCUGGGGAGACCGCCACUUUCGACUGUGAACUGUCAUAUGAAGGAAUUGCUGUGGAAUGGUUCUUAGGGGGUACAAAGUUGGAGCCAAGUGACAGAGUGGUCACCCGAGCAGAAGACAAAACUCACACGCUGACUCUCAGAGAUGUCAAGAUUUCAGAAGAUGGAGAAAUUAAACUCACUGCAAAGGAUUUCCAGAUUGAGGCCAGACUACAUGUGAAUGAACCACCAGUUGAGUUCACCAAACCUCUGGAGGACCAGACAGUUGAGGAAGAGGCCACUGCUAUAUUGGAGUGUGAAGUCUCCAGGGAUAACGCUGAGGUCAGUUGGUUCCAAGAUGGACAGGAGAUCCGCAAAACGAAGAAAUAUGACAUUGUUGCCGAUGGCCGCAUUAGAAAACUCAUCAUUCAUGGCUGCACUCUUGAUGAUUCAAAAACAUUUACCUGCGACGCCUCAGAAUUCAAAACCUCUUGCUUCCUUAACGUUGAACCUCCACAUGUUGAGUUCUCUAAGCCACUCCAUGAUGUUGAGGUCAAAGAAAAGGAAUCUGCCAGAUUUGAAUGCGAAGUAUCGCGCGAAAAUGCCAAGGUCCGUUGGUUGAAGGACAGCAGUGAAAUCAGAAAGGGAAAGAAAUAUGAAAUAAUCGCCAAAGGUCGCCAACACAUCCUCAUCAUCCACAAAUCAGUGUUCGAUGAUGAAGCAGAAUAUGAAUGUGAUGCGAAGGUCUCCAAAUCCUCCGGCCUGCUUACAGUCGUCGAGGAAGAAGCUACGUUCACCAGGAACCUGUCUAACGUGGAGGGAACAGAAGCAGACAGUGUGAAGAUGAUUUGUGAAGUGUCGAAGGCAGACGCUGAUGUCAUGUGGUAUAAGGAAGACCAGGAACUUCCCGAGGGAGGAAGAUACGAUCAGAUCGUAGACGGCAGGAAGAGGAUACUUAUCAUCCAGGAUCUCAAAACAGAUGAUGCUGGAGAGUACUAUUGCAAAUUGUCCAGCUCACAGACAACUGGAAACCUGAAAAUAAAUGAAUUGGCUGCUGAGUUUAUCGCCAUGCCUCAGAGUCAGGAGGUGGUUGAGGGAGAAAAGGCUGAGUUUGUAUGCUCAGUCUCUAAAGACACAUUCAUUGUCAAAUGGAUGAAGGAUGAUAAGGAGCUAGAAAAAGGGGACAAGUAUGACAUUGUCUGUGAUGGCAAGAGAAGAAUACUUGUUAUCAAGAACUCUGAACCCAAGGAUGAGGGCGCCUAUGUUGCCCUCAUUGGCACCACCAGAGCUACAGCUGAUCUGUUUGUUCUUGAAAAACUCAGGAUCAACACACCAAUCAAAGACACAGAAGCCAAAGAGGGACAGGAGAUCAUCUUCAACUGUGAGGUGAACACUGAGGGAGCUAAAGCUAAGUGGCUGAAGAAUGAGGAGACCAUGUUUGAGAGCAGCAAGUUUGUCAUGAUCCAGAAAGACAACGUGUUCUCUCUGAGGAUCAAGGAUGCUGAGAAGUCAGAUGAAGGAAACUAUACUGUUACAUUGACAAACCAACGUGGUGAACAUGCCAAGAGCUCUGGCAAACUUACAGUAAAAGAGGAGAGUCUGAAGAUCAUUGUACCUCUUGAGGACUGCGACACACAGGAGAAGAAGACUGUUAGCUUUUCUUGCAAGGUCAACAGGCAGAAGGUUACUCUGAAAUGGACAAAGGCUGGUCAGGAGAUCACCUUCAGCAAACGCAUAAUCUACAGGUUGGACCAAUAUAAGCACACACUGACCAUCAAGGACUGUACUCUUGCUGAUGAAGGUGAAUACACCGCCAUCGCUGGUGAUGACAAGUCUACAGCUGAGCUGAUCAUUAGUGAAGCCCCCACUGACUUCUCCGCACAACUCAAAGACCAGACCAUCCCCGAGUUUGAGAAUGCUGAGUUCACCUGCAAACUCACCAAGGAGAAGGCUGAGGUGAAAUGGUACAGGAAUGGACGUGAAAUAAGAGAGGGACCCAGGUACGUCUUUGAAAAAGAGGGCAAGACCUGCAGGCUGCGUAUCAACGAGUGCAGACCAGAUGAUGAGUGUGAAUAUUCCUGUGGCGUAGAUGAAAAGAGAUCACACGCCCAUCUCUUCGUUGAAGAGAGUGCAGUUGAGAUCGUCAGACCACCAAAGGAUGUGUUUGAGCCUCCAGGCUCAGAUGUUGUAUAUGAAGUUGAACUGAACAAAGACAGAGUUGAGGUAAAAUGGUUGAGGAACAACAUGACCAUCGUCCAGGGUGACAAGUACCAGAUGAUGAGCGAGGGCAAGGUCCACAGACUCCAGGUAUGUGAGAUCAGGCCUCGGGACCAAGGAGAGUACAGAAUCAUCGCCAAAGACAAGGAUGCCAGAGCCAAAUUGGAACUGGCUGCUAAGCCAAAUAUCAAGACUAUGGAUCAGAGCUUAGUAACAGAUGCUGGAAAGCCCAUCGUCAUGUUCGUGCCCUACAGCGCGUAUCCUAAAGCUGAAGCUGAGUGGUUCUAUGAUAAUGUCAGCCUACCCAAGGACAACAUCCACACUGUUGGAGACAGGACAGAGUACAGGCUGAAGGACCCUAAGAAGUCCGACCAAGGACGUUACAAGGUUGUCAUCAAGAACAAACAUGGACAGGGAGAGGCAUUCAUUAAUCUGGAUGUCAUUGAUGUCCCUGGACCUGUGAAGAGUCUUCAAGUGCUUGACACCGCCGAUGGUGAGGUCAGUCUGGCCUGGGAAGAGCCAGAGAGCGACGGUGGCAGCAAGAUCAUUACAUACGUGGUGGAGAGGCGUGACGUCAAGCGCAAGACAUGGACUCUUGCUACUGACCGCUCUGACGCUCCAGAAUACACUGUGACCGGACUCCAGAGGGAAUCCAUGUACCUAUUUCGUGUUUCUGCUCGCAACAGAGUGGGCAGUGGACCAAAUAUUGAGACAGAGAAACCUGGUGUUUAUGCCAAGAACAAGUUUGAUGUUCCUGAUGCUCCUCAGGAUGUGAGUGUUGGAAACGUGAGUAAGUUUGGAGCCACAGUCUCCUGGGAAAAACCAGUGUCUGAUGGAGGGGCUGAGAUCACCUCCUACAUAAUUGAGUCCCGUGACAGGACCUCUGUGAAGUGGGCCGUGGCUAUGAUCAGUAAAGCAACAGACCGCAGUGCAAUCAUCAACGACGUCAUUGAGAACAAGGAAUACAUCUUCCGUGUCAAGGCUGAAAACAAGGCUGGCAUUGGAAAGCCAAGCGCUGCUACCAAUCCAGUUAAGAUCAUGGACCCCAUUGAGAGGCCAAGCCCACCACAGAACCUGGUGCCCUCAGAACAGAAUAAGAACUCAGUCCAGCUGACAUGGGAGACCCCAUUGAAGAAUGGAGGCAGCAUGAUCACUGGCUACAUCAUUGAGAGAUGUGAGGACGAAACAAACCAUUGGCUCAGAUGCAACGCCAGGCUCUGCCAGGAUCUCACCUACAAGAUAUCUGGCCUGAAAUAUGGCAAGAAAUACAACUACAGAGUGAUGUCUGAGAAUGCAGCUGGAGUGUCUGACCCAUCCAACACACUGGGACCCAUGCUGGCUGAUGAUACACAUGUUGGCCCCACAAUGGACCUGAGUGGAUUGAAGGAUGGCCUUGAGGUCAUUGUUCCCCAUCCCCUUACUAUCCGUGUCCCUAUCUCUGGAUAUCCCACACCACAUGCAAAGUGGAGCUUUGCUGAUAAGGAGCUCACUGCUGGUGAACGUGUUUACAUAAUUACAAAGAGUACCUAUGUAGAACUGACCGUCACUCCAAGUGUGCGUCCAGACAGAGGUGUAUACGCUCUGACCCUGGAGAAUGAUAUUACCAGUUGCUCAGGAGAGAUUGAAGUCAAUGUUAUCGCGUCCCCAAGUGCACCCAAAGACUUUAAGGUUGCCGAGGUGACCAGACAGCAUGUGCACCUGAUGUGGGAGGCACCAGAGCAUGAUGGAGGAAGCCCUCUGACUGGGUACCUGAUUGAGAAACGUGACGUAUCCCGCAAGACCUGGGUCAAGGUGAUCACUGGUGUUCAAGACCAGGAGUUCACUGUCACUGAUGUUGUUGAGGGCAAAGAAUAUCUGUUCAGGGUUACUGCCUGCAACAAGUGUGGCCCAGGAGAGCCUGCCUACAUUGACGAGCCAGUUAAUGUGUCCUCCCCUGCCACUGUGCCAGACUCACCUGAGAACCUGAAAUGGAGGGACAAGUCAGCAUCUGGCAUCUUUCUGACCUGGGAACCACCCAAGUGGGACGGCGGCACCGGAAUCAAGGGCUACAACAUAGAAAGAUGCCAGCGUGGCACAGACAACUGGGAAUCCUGCGGAGAUCAGGUCCCUGAGUUUAAAUUGCAAGUGACUGGUCUGAUUGAGGGACAGUGGUAUGCCUACCGCGUGAAGGCCUUGAACAGACUGGGUGCCAGCAAACCCUGCAAGGCUACAGAUGAGAUAUUGGCUGUUGAUCCUAAAGACCCCCCAGAGAUUCUUCUGGAUGUCAAGUGUCUUGCUGGACUGACCGUCAAAGCUGGAUCUAAGAUUGAGCUUCCAGCUGAUGUUCUUGGAAAACCCUUACCUAAAGUGAAAUGGACCAUGGGUGAUGUGGUCCUGAAGGGAGAUGAUAGAGUCUCUAUUGAUGACAAGCCUGGUCACUCCGUCGUUACGAUCAGCAAGACAACGAGAGAGGAUACAGCUACCUACAUCAUUGAAGCCCACAACAGCUGUGGUCGUGCUACUGCAACCAUUGAUGUCAACAUUCUAGAUAAGCCUGGUCCUCCAGCUGCGUUUGAUAUCUCUGAGAUCACCAACAAGUCCUGUUUCCUGGCCUGGAACCCUCCCAGAGAUGAUGGAGGUGCAAAGGUCACCAACUACAUUGUGGAGAGGAGAGCCGCAGACAGCGAAAUCUGGCACAAGCUCUCCUCCACUGUCAAAGAGACUAACUACAAGGCCCUCAACCUUACGGCCUUCAAGGAGUACAUCUUCAGAGUGUUCGCUGAGAACCAGUUUGGUAUUGGUGUGCCAGCGGAACAUAUGCCAAUCAUUGCCAGAUACGCCUUCGAUUCUCCCGGUGCACCAACCAAGCUGGAGCCUUCUGAUAUUGUUAAAGAUGGCCUGACUCUGAAUUGGUAUGAGCCCGAAGAGGAUGGUGGUAGUCCUAUCACUGGAUACUGGGUUGAGAGGUUCGAACCAGAUCAGAACAGAUGGAUCAGAUGCAACAAGAUCCCAAUCACAGACACAACAUACAGAGUCAAAGGACUACCCACAAGGAAGAAGUAUAAGUUCAGAGUCAUGGCUGAGAAUCUCGCCGGACCUGGAAAAUCAAGCAAGGAAACUGACCAGAUAUUGGUCAAGGAUCCUAUUGAUCCUCCAUGGGCUCCUGGUAAGCCAAGCGUAAAAGACGUGGCAAAGACCUCUGCCUUCCUGCAGUGGACCAAGCCUGAGCACGAUGGUGGCGCCAAGAUCGAGGGCUACAUCAUUGAACUCCUGAAGAGUGGAACUGAGCAAUGGGUCCGUGUUUCAGAGGGAAUCAAUAUCCUGGAGCACUUUCUGAGAGGCCUGAUGGACAGACAGGAGUACUCCUUCAGGGUCAUUGCUGUCAACAUCGCUGGGGAGAGUGAACCCAGCGAUCCUAGUGAUCCAGUUCUGUGCAAGGAGAGACUCAAUCCUCCUACACCCCCACGCUGGAUGAAUGUCAUCACCAUCACCAGGAACAGUGCUGAGCUGAAGUGGACAGUACCAGAGAAGGAUGGUGGUUCACCCAUCACCAACUACAUUGUUGAGAAGAGGGAUGUCAGGCGUAAGGGCUGGCAGACAGUGGACACCACUGUGAAGGAGCUGAAGUACACUGUCACUCCACUGAAUGAGGGCUCCCUCUAUGUGUUCCGUGUGGCUGCUGAGAACGCUGUUGGACCCAGUGAAUUCUGUGAACUGGAAGACUCCAUUAUGGCUAAAGAUACUUAUACUACCCCUGGACCACCAUAUAAUCUCUCUGUCAAUGGCGUGUCAAAGAGACAUGUUGACCUGGAAUGGGACGCCCCCAAGAAUGAUGGUGGCAGACCAGUUCUGAGAUACUCCAUUGAGAAGAAGGAGAAACUUGGCACCCGCUGGGUAAAGUGUGGUAAGACCUCAGGGGAUGACUGCAAGUACAGAGUGACAGACGUCAUUGAAGGAACCGAGGUUCAGUUCCAGAUCCGCGCUGAGAAUGAGGCCGGUGCUGGACAUCCUAGUGAACCAACAGAAAUCAUUGCUAUUGAAGAUCCAACAGGUGCAUCCUCUCCUCCAAUUGAGCUUCAUCUCACUGAAGCCAGCAGAGACCAUUUGUGUAUUGCUUGGAGACCACCAGAGAGAACUGGUGGCAGUGCUGUAACUGGCUACCAUAUCGAGCUGUGUGAGGCUGGUACUGAGAAGUGGAUGAGAAUCAACUCUCGCCCAAUCAAGGAGCUCAAAUACAAAACAGAGGAGGGCAUCACCCCAGAGAAACAAUAUGUCCUGAGAGUCCGUGCCAUCAACUCUGUUGGAGUUAGUGAGCCAUCUGAUAUCUCUGAGAAGGUCUAUGCCAAGGACCCUGACUGCAUCCCAACCCUUGAGUUUCAAACAAAGGACAUUGUGAUUGUUGAGGGAGAGAAGUGGCAUCUCCCCAUCCCAUUCAGAGCAGUACCCAAGCCCAAGAUCACCUGGCACAAAGACGGAAAGGAGCUGAAGGACGAUGAGAGAAGGAGCUUCAGACAGGAGUACCUCUCCUGUCACCUGGAGAUCGAGAGCUGUCUGCAUGCAGACUCUGGCCAGUACAAGGUCACCCUGGAAAACUCCCUCGGAGCUAGCAGCGGAACAAUUAAUGUUAAAGUUGUUGGCCUGCCCGGUCCCUGCAAAGACAUUGUUGCCAGUGAAAUCACCAAGAGUUCUUGCAAGGUUUCCUGGGAUCCUCCCAACUAUGAUGGUGGCAGCCCUGUUCUCCACUAUGUGCUACAGCGCAGAGAGGCAGGCCGGAGGACCUUCGUCAACAUGAUGUCUGGAGAGAACAAGGUCAGCUGGCCUGUCAAGGAUCUGAUCCCCAAUGGAGAGUACUACUUCCAGGUCAAAGCUGUCAACAAGAUUGGUGGUGGGGAGUAUCUUGAGCUCCGCAACCCUGUGAUUGCAGAGGAUCAGAAGCAGAGCCCUGACCCUCCAUUGGAUGUUGAGACCCACAACCCUACUUCCAAGACUAUCACCCUCACAUGGAAGCCUCCUAUGUAUGACGGGGGUUGCAAGAUUAUGGGCUACGUUCUGGAGAAGAUGAUGAAGGGUGAUGAGAACUUCACAAGAUGCAACGACUUCCUUGUGCCUGUGCUGUCCUACACAGUGAGGAAUCUCAGGGAGGGAAAACAAUACCAGUUCCGUGUACGAGCUGAGAACGCUGCCGGAGUCAGCGACCCAUCACACAGCACACCAAUGGUGAAGGCUUCUGAUGCUGUCGAAACACCCAAGGUGUUCCUCAGUGGAAGCCUGCAGUCCGGUAUGAGCAUCAAGAGAGGUGCUCAGAUCAGACUGGACGCUAACAUCUCUGGAUCCCCAUACCCUCAAAUCACAUGGUACAGGAACGACGUCGUCAUUAGACCAGAAGCCAUGAAGAAGAGACCAGAAAAACCCAUUGUUAAGAAGAAGAAGGAGGGAAAGAAGGAAGUGAAGGAAGGAGAAAAGAAGGAAGGAGAAGUAAAGGAGAGUGAAAAGAAGGAGGUGAAAGAUGAAGAAAAGAAGGAAGUCAAGGAGGGAGAGGUUGAGGUCCCAGCUACUGAGGCCCCAGCUGCAGAGCCUGCCCAUGAGGAGCCUGAGGAGGAAGAACUCCCUGACUACCCAACCCUCCAGGAACGUCUCACCAUCCAUGACAAGAAGAGGGGAGAAUCCUCUUGCAUUGUCAGGGACACCAUCAGGGGUGACCACGGAGUGUACACUAUCAAGGUUGAGAACGACCAUGGUAUUGCCUCUGCAACUUGUGAAGUCAAUGUGCUAGAUGCACCUGGACCUGCAAUCAACUUCCGGUUUGAGGAGAUCAGGAAGACCUCUGUCAUCUGCAAGUGGGAUCCUCCCAUGGAUGAUGGUGGCAGUGAGAUCCUGAACUACACCUUGGAAAAAAAGGACAACUCCAAGGUGGAGAUCGGAUGGAUCACCGUAACCUCAACGCUCAGGGGAUGUAGAUACCCCGUGACCAAACUGAUAGAGAAGAAGGAGUACAUCUUCCGGGUCACUGCUGAGAACAAGUUUGGUCCUGGACCACCAUGUAUUUCUAAGCCACUUAUUGCCAAGAAUCCAUUCGACCCACCAGAGGCUCCUGAGAAGCCUGAGAUUGAUGGCAUCACAGCCAACUCCAUGCUGGUUAGCUGGGAGGAGCCAAAUGACAUGGGCAGCCCCAUUCUGGGUUACUGGGUGGAGCGGCGUGAGAUCAACAGCACCCACUGGACCAGAGUCAACCGGGUUAUUUUGGAGGAUACGGAACUUAACGUGGAAGGCCUACUGGAAGGUCUGACAUACAUCUUCAGGGUGGCUGCUGAGAACCAAGCUGGGCCUGGGAAGUUCAGCAUCCCGUCUGAUCCUAUGACAUGCCAGGAUCCAAUCUUGCCACCUGGGCCACCGUUCCCAAGAAUCAUUGAUACCACUGAGUCUUCCAUCGACGUGGAAUGGGAUCCUCCUGCCUCCAACGGAGGUGGAGACAUCCUGGGAUACCAUGUUGACAAAACCGUAGCAGGCACCAAAGACUGGUCCCGCUCCACAGAGAGACCCUGGAAGACCCGGGUCUUCACUGUGUAUGGAGUCAGAGAGGGAGCCAAGUACCUGGUCCGUGUGAUCGCAGUCAAUGGAGCCGGUGAAGGAACUCCUGGCUUGACCGAAUCAGUCUUAGUCAGAGAUCCUAAAGAGGCUCCAGUGGUGGAGCUGGAUCUCACUGUGAGGAACGGCGUAAUGAUCAGAGCUGGGGAGCCACUGAUUCUGCCUGCCCUGGUCACUGGUAGACCUCCUCCAGACAUCAAAUGGACCAAAGAUGACGGUCCACCGGACAAAGACCACGUCGAGAUAGAAAAUGUUGGAAAGGAAAGCAUUCUCAGUAUCAAGGCUGCCACAAGAAAGGAUCCUGGCAAAUACCAGAUCAGUGCCAGGAACAGCAGUGGAAUCAAGUCUACAUGGACAAGGGUUGAAGUCAUGGAUGUUCCCGGGCCUGUGCUGGACCUGAAGCCUGUGGUGGUAACCAGGAAGCUGAUGAUUCUGAACUGGUCCGAUCCUGAUGACGAUGGCGGCAGUGAUCUGACCGGCUUCAUCAUUGAGAGAAGGGAUCCCAAGAUGCACACAUGGAGACAGCCCAUCGAGACACCCUCAUCUAAGUGUGAGAUUGUGGGUAUUGUUGAAGGGCAGGAGUACAUCUUCCGGGUCGUAGCGAAGAACAAGUUUGGCUGUGGCCCUCCCGUUGAUUUGGGUCCUAUUGCUGCAGUGGAUCCCAAAGCUCCACCAACUUCACCUGAGAGAUUCCACUACACUGAGAGGACAAAGACUUCCAUCAGCCUUGCCUGGAGACCUCCCCGCAAUGAAGGAGGCAGUCCAAUCUUGGGCUACUUUGUUGAGAAGAAGAAGCACGAUGCCCCAGCAUUUGAGCCUUGUAACACAGAGAUGUGCAAGGACCUCUUCAUGACCAUCGAGAACCUCGAGGAGCUCUUUAUGUAUGAGUUCCGUGUCAAGGCUGUCAAUUUAAUUGGAUCAAGUGAACCUGGAAUUCCACUCACCAUUGUCAUUCAAGAUGAUGAAGUUCCUCCUACUGUGAGGAUGUUGAAGACCUUCAAGGGAGAUGCAAUCACUGUCAAGAAGGGAGAGCCUAUUGAAAUCCCUGCUGAGGUGACUGGUCUUCCAAUGCCCAAGGUUGAAUGGUUGAAGGAUGAGGUGAUUAUUGUAGAGCCCACUGAGACUCUGUUGAUGGACACCAAGGAGAUCAACAGAAUGCAGUGCAAUACCAAGCUCAGUAUCCCUGCAGCAGCAAGACUGGACAAAGGCAUCUUUACAGUGAUCGCCUCCAACCGUCUUGGGACGGCUAGUCACACCAUCAAGGUUAAGGUGUUAGACCGUCCUCUGCCACCUAGGAAUGUGAAUAUUGGUAACAUCAAGGCUGAGUCCUGCCAGCUAACCUGGGACGCGCCAGAGGACGAUGGAGGAAGUGAGCUCACUAACUACAUUGUUGAGAAGCUGGACAUUCUUCCUGAGGAGGAACCUGAAGAAGAAUAUGAGGAUUCUGAGGAUGAGGAGCCUAAGCCUAAAUCUGAGCCUAGACCCAUUCCUGUAUGGACGGUGAUCACCAACAGCAUCAUUGAGAAACGACUCGGGGUUUGGAAUCUGGAAACAGGUAGCCAGUGCCAGUUCAGAGUGAGAGCAGAGAACAGGUAUGGACAGAGUGACGCCUGCGAGACAGAGGCAUCCGUCAUCAAGGAUCUGUACGGACUCCCUGGUCCUCCAGAGAAACCAAAGAUCGCAGAGCACACCAGGUCCUCCAUGCUUGUGACAUGGGACCCUCCACGAGACAACGGUGGAUCCACUAUCUCUGGCUACUGGCUGGAGAAGAGGGAGAAAGGUUCGUCUUAUUGGGCUCGGGUUAAUAAGGCCCCGGUGACGAAGCGUGCUGCUAAGCGCUGGGAGUUCCAGGUCGUUCGUAUGAUCGAGGGGUCUGCGUAUGAGUUCCGUGUCAUGGCUGUCAAUAUUGCCGGUACUGGACCCCCCAGUGGACCUUCCGAUCCUGCAUACGCAGUGGACCCUCUUAUGAAACCCGGCAUGCCAGCAGCACCAGAGGUUGCAGACAAAACCAAGCACAGUGUCAGCCUCACAUGGUCUCCACCUGAGAAAGACGGUGGAAGCGCCAUCAAGGGUUACAUCGUUGAGAUCCAGGAUGAAGCCUCUUCUAUUUGGAUCAGAAUCACUGAUCUAGAGACUCUGCAUGAGACCACUGAGAUCACUGUCCCAAGUCUCAAAGAGCUGAAACACUACAAGUUCAGAGUCACAGCCGUCAAUGACAUCGGCGAGUCUGACCCAAGUCCCAAGACAGAAGUCCUAAUUGAGGACGUACAUGUGGAGCCGAAAAUCCAUAUUGAUUGCGUUGUGGAAGAUUUUCUCUGCGUCCGGGCUGGUCAUUCCUUCAGAAUCCCUGCCAUCAUCAAAGGGCGUCCCGUUCCUAAGGUGACCUGGGAAUUCACUGGACCAGCAAAGACCCACAAGAAGAAUCGCCUUCAUGUCCUUCCAGUUGACUCAGAGCUUGAAUCUACUGAUACUACCUCAAACAUCACUGUACCUGUGUGCUUGAGGACCCACUCUGGACGAUACACCAUCACAGCCAAGAACAAGGCUGGACAGAAACAUGUCAACGUCAGAGUCAAUGUUCUCGACGUGCCUGGUGCUCCUCGAGAGCUCAAAGUGACUGACAUCACCAGAGCUACUAUGAGGCUGAUCUGGAAACUGCCUGCUAACGACGGUGGCGAGAGGAUCAAGAGUUACUUCAUUGAGAAGAAGAAUGUGACAGGAAAGGCCUGGACCAUAGUAAACCAGUGCUGUUUCAGCCAGGCCUACGUUGUGGAGGGACUGCUGGAGGGACAGGAGUAUGUGUUCCGUGUGCGGGCAGAGAACCGUCUGGGAAUGGGACCUUUAACUGAGACCACUGAGCCUGCUAGGGCAAGAGACCCCAUCUACAUACCUGAUCCCCCAACCCACGUCAAGGUCAAUCUGGUCACCAAGGAUACAGUGACCCUGACAUGGGUGCCACCUAAGAACAACGGUGGUUCUCCUGUGAAGCACUACAUCAUAGAGCGCUUGAGUUGGGACACCAGCGGCCCGGAGAAGGAGACAUGGAAGCAGUGUAACAAGCGUAACGUUGAGGAAACCAUCUUCAUCAUUGAAGAUCUGAAAAAUGGCGGAGAGUAUGAGUUCCGCGUCAAGGCUGUGAACGAGGCUGGCCCAAGCAGACCGUCGGCCACCGCUGGACCAGUCAUCAUCAAGGACCAGACAUGUGCUCCUACCAUUGAACUGAAGGAACAGAUGGAAGGUGAAGAGGGACUAGAUGUCCAUAUUGUGGCUAGGAUCCAUGGCUGUCCAUUCCCCUCCCUCGUAUGGCAGAAGGCUCCCAUUGCCAAGCCUGAAGACAAGGCUGUAGUGCAAUAUGAUCAGCAUGUCAACAAACUGAUCAUUGAUAACAAAUGUACCCUGCUGAUCCAGCAGUCCAAGAGAGACGACAGCUCCCUGUACACUAUCACUGCUAGCAACAGUCUGGGCAAAGCAUCUAAGGAAAUCAAACUCACUGUUCUAGGACGACCUGGCGUACCUGUCGGGCCAAUCGAAUUCAAAGAGGUGUUUGCCGAGAGGAUAACACUUGCAUGGAAACCACCUAGAGAUGACGGUGGCUCCAAGGUUACAAACUACGUCGUUGAGAAGCGUGAGGAAAACAGAAAGUCAUGGGUGCACGUUUCCGACGACCCCAAAGAAGGCCUGUAUACAGUUCAGAGGCUGACUGAGGGCCAUGAGUAUGAGUUCCGUGUCAUGGCUCAGAACAAAUAUGGAGUUGGACCACCGCUGUACAGCGAACCUGAGAAAGCAAGGAAUCUGUUCACUCUCCCCGGUCCCCCAACCCCCAAAGUAACAGACUGGACCAAGUCAACAGUGGAUCUGGAGUGGAUCCCACCUUUGAUUGAUGGUGGAUCUAAGGUCACUGGUUACUUUGUUGAAUACAUAGAAGAGGAAAAAGAAGCAGAAAUAGAAAAACAGAAGGCUAAAGACAAGGAGAUUAGAAGCACUAAGUUUGUUGUGUCUGGACUGAAAGAGCUGGGAAGGUACAAGUUCAGAGUGAGGGCAGUGAACGCUGCUGGCGUCGGUGAGCCCGGUCAAGUGGCCGAAGUGAUUGAAUGCAAGGACAGAACAAUUGCCCCUGAAGUGGACUUGGAUGCCUCAGUGAAGGAGAAGAUUGUAGUCCAUGCCGGUGGUACCAUCCGCCUCCUGGCCUACGUGUCAGGCAAGCCUGCGCCAGAGAUCACAUGGAGCAGAGAUGACCAGCCUCUACCAGCAGAGGCUAAGGUUGAAACCACUUCAAUCAGCUCUGCUCUGGUUAUCAAAAACUGUAGACGCCAUCAUCAGGGUAUAUACACCCUGAGUGCAAAGAAUGAAGGAGGGGAAAGGAAGAAGGCUGUCAUUGUGGAGGUGUUGGAUGUUCCCGGCCCAGUUGGUCAGCCGUUCUCUGGUGUGAACCUCACCAUUGACUCUUGCAAGUUGACCUGGUACUCCCCUGAAGACGACGGUGGCUCAGCCAUCACCAACUACAUAAUUGAGAAGAGAGAGUCUGACCGCAUGGGCUGGACAGCGGUCUCUUACACGGUCACCAGGCACAAUGCUGUGGUCCAGGGUCUCAUCGACGGAAAAGGAUAUUUCUUUAGAAUCGCAGCUGAGAAUAUCAUCGGAAUGGGUCCAUUUUUUGAAUCAGAACGACCAGUUCUCAUCAAAGACCCUAUUUCUGUUCCUGAGCGUCCUGAGGAUCUAGAAAUCACAGCCAUCACCAAAGACUCCAUCAGUUUGGCCUGGAGACCACCUAAGUACGAUGGUGGUUCUGAGGUUACACGUUAUGUGCUUGAAGCUCGUCUGAUUGGAAAGGAUAACUUCAAUAAGAUCGAUACUGAUGACACGCUGAUGGAUAGGAAGUUCACAAAGGGAGGUCUCAAAGAGAAUUCCACCUAUGAAUUCCGUGUCAGUGCUGUCAACGUGAUUGGUCAGGGAAAGCACUCUUUCUGCACCAAGCCAAUCCAGGUCAAGGAAGAACUUGAGCCCCCAACGAUCGACUUGGACUUCCGUGACAGACCGGUUGUGCGUGUGGGAGACGUGUGCACCCUCCAAGGCCGCUUCACUGGAAAGCCAGCACCUACAAUAACAUGGACAAAGAACGAGGAAGAGUUGAAAGCAGAUGAGGAGGUCACAAUGACCAACACUAGUAAAACACUGUGCUUGGCUAUGCCCAAGGCUAAACGCGAACACAGCGGCAGAUACCAGGUGGUUGUGGAGAACAUUGUCGGCUUACGUAAAGGAAUCUGCAGUCUCACUGUUGUUGAUCGCCCCCAGCCUCCAGAGGGCCCAGUGGUCUUCAAUGAGGUCUACAGGAACCACAUGGUGAUUUCCUGGAACCCUCCUCUGGACGAUGGUGGAUGUGCCAUCUCCAACUACACCAUUGAGAAGAGAGACACAAACAGAGACCUCUGGAUGCCAGUGACAACAGCUUGCACCAGGACAACAUGCAAAGUUCCUAAGCUGAUUGAGGGCAGAGAGUACAUCAUCAGAAUUUGUGCUGUGAACAUCCACGGUGUCAGCAACCCACUGCUGUCUGCCGAGACCAAGGCUAAGGAUGUCUUCAAGGUGCCAGAUGCACCCAAACAGCCCAUUGUGAAGGAGAUCUAUAAGGAUCAAGCCCUCCUCACUUGGGAACCACCUGCGGAUGGUGGCAAGCCCAUCACUGGCUACGUCAUUGAGAGGAAGGAGACCAUGGCUAACAGAUGGACUCGCGCAUCCGGAAAAGACCGCAUCUUCCCCAAAGUAGAGUACUUUGUUCCAGACCUCCUCAAGGGCUGUGAAUAUGAGUUCCGUGUCAUGGCUGAGAACGUUGUGGGUCUGGGUGACCCCAGCCCUCCAUCAAAGCCCAUCUUUGCCAAAGAUCCAAUUGUGCUUCCAAGCCCCCCCGUUCUGCCAGAAGCUGUGGAUUGGACAAAGGAGUCUGUCUCACUAUCUUGGCAGCCACCAAAAGACUGUGGCAGGGGAAAGAUCUUUGGCUAUCUCGUUGAGUUCAGUAAAGCUGGAGAGGAGUGGCAAAAAGUGAAUCAGACUCCUGAUUCCUGCCAAGAAACCAAGUUCAAGGUCAUUAACCUGGAAGAGGGAGAAUAUUACAAAUUCAGAGUUACUGCUGUGAACUUCGCUGGUGAAUCUGAACCCGCAUACACCACAGAUCCAGUGAAGGCAGAAGACAGAUUUGAACCUCCUGAGUUGGAUGUUGAACUGGGUAUGCCUCGUGAGUUGAAAGCCAUGGCRGGAACCCAUAUCAAUCUGGUUGCUGGAAUCAAGGGAAUUCCAUUCCCAAAAGUCACAUGGAAGAAGAACGAUAAAGACGUCCCCACAAGAGCUGAAAUUGAGGUCAAUCCAUUAGGAUCUAAAUUGGAGAUGCGCUACUGUGCCCGUUCUGACUGUGGCGACUACACUCUGAACAUAGAAAACUCAUCUGGAUCAAGGACUGCCACAUGCACAGUCCUUGUCCUUGACAAACCUGGUCCAAUCCAGCACCUGAGGGUUUCAGAGGUGAGAAGCGAUUCAGCCUAUCUCUCCUGGAAAGACCCUGAGGACAAUGGAGGAGCACGUAUUACCAACUUUGUUGUGGAGAAGAAAGAUGUGGCAGCCGCACAGUGGGUGCCAGUGUGCUCUUCGUCUAAGAAACGAAGCAUGAUGGCCAAGCACUUGAUGGAAGGAACAUCGUAUUUGUUCCGCGUUGCUGCUGAGAAUCAGUUCGGCAGAAGUGAAUACAUUGAAACAACCAAAGCCGUCAAAGCCAUGAAUCCACUGUUCCCACCUGGUCCACCAAAGGACUUGCACCAUGUAGAUGUCGACAAGACGGAGGUCUGGCUUGUGUGGAACUGGCCUGACCGCAACGGAGGUAGCAACAUCAUAGGUUUCCUGGUUGAGUACCAAGAGGAAGGAGAGAGAGAGUGGGAUGAAUGGAACACCGUCAGCAUCCCUGAGAGCCACAUCACUGGCCUCGAGGAAGGAAAGACUUACAGAUUCCGUGUGAGAGCGGAGAACGCUAUCGGACUGAGUAGACCAGACACCACUGUCCCCGUCCUCUGCCAGGAGAAGCUUGUGGCUCCAAUCGUUGAAGUUGAGGCCAAGCUGAUCGAAGGGAUCAUUGUGAAAUGUGGAAGCACAAUCAGACUCCCUGCUAUCAUGAGAGGCAUCCCUGCGCCUACUGCCAAAUGGUCCAUUGACGGAGCAGAAAUUGUACCCGAAGGCUCAGUUAAGAUUGAGAGUGACAACUAUUCAACAGUUCUCAGCAUCAAUGAGUGUAUGAGAACCAACAGUGGAACCUAUAUUCUCACAGUUUCCAACCCUGCAGGAACCAAGACUCUGGCUUUGAAUGUGACCGUUCUUGAUGUGCCCGCUGCUCCCAUUGGACCAAUCAAUGUCCUUGAGGUUACUCCUGAGUACAUGCUUAUUGACUGGCGUUCUCCAAAGGAUGAUGGUGGAAGCCCUGUAACAGGUUACAUUGUUGAGAAGAGAGAGGCUAAGAAGGAAACCUGGGGAGGUGUGAGCUCUGGUAGCACAGCUACAAAGCUUAAGAUCUCUCGUUUGCAGAGCGGUGUUGAAUAUGUUGUGCGUAUCCGUGCAGAGAACAAAAUGGGUAUCGGCGCUCCUCUUGAAAGUGCACCAACUGUCGCCCAACACACGUUUGAACCCCCUGCCCAUCCUGGCAAACCAAACACAUGGGACAUUGCAGAAGAUGCUCUCACUGUUGGGUGGACCAUGCCAUUGUUUGAUGGAGGCAGUCAAAUCACUGGAUAUAUAGUUGAGCGUAAACACAAAGGCGGUAAAUGGAUCCGUGUCAACACGACACCCUGUAAGGAUCUCAGAAUCAGAGUACUUGGUCUCUUUGAGGGAAAUGAGUAUGAGUUUAGAGUUUUCGCUGAAAACAUUGCUGGUUUCAGUGGACCUUCUGCCAUAUCAGACCCAGCAAAACCCUGUCGUCAAAUUAAAGCUCCUGGACCUCCAGUUAACCCCAGAAUCAAGGACUACAGUAAGGAAAAUGCAGACCUAGUCUGGAUUAAGCCCAACAAAGAUGGAGGCAGUCCAAUCAUGGGCUACAUUAUUGAAAUUCAGAAAGUUGGCGGAGAAUGGGAGAUCAUCAACAAGGAUGGUCACAUUAAGCAGUGUGCUUACAGAGUUAAAGGCCUUGAAGAACACUCAGAGUACAGGUUCCGCAUUAGUGCUGUAAAUAUGAUUGGAGUUGGAGAGCCUAGAGAAUGCCUUGGAUCGGUGGUUGCCAAAGACAUCAUGAUACCUCCAGAGAUCGAGAUGGAUGCCACAAGCCGUGAGUGUUUGACUGUCCGAGUUGGACAUAACAUCAACAUCAUCGGUUACGUGAAAGCCAGACCCGAUCCAGAGAUUAUCUGGAAAAAGGGUGAAGACGUUUUGGAAACCGCCAAGCACACAACACUAACUCAGAACUUGCCUGUUGUUCAACUGAGAAUAAAAGAGGCAACCAGAGCAGACCAUGGAAAGUAUGUUUUGAAGGCUAACAACUACAGUGGUGAAGCUGAAGCUACAAUAACUGUGAAUGUGUUGGAUAGACCUGGACACUGUCAGAAUCUGAAGGCCACCUAUGUGACCAAAGACUCUUGUAUGGUGUCCUGGGAGAACCCUGUAGAUAACGGAGGCUCUGAGAUUACAAACUACAUUGUUGAGUGCCGUGAACCCAGUGUGAGGCUUUGGUCAAUGAUCUCAUCUGACUGCACUAACCGCAUGGUUAAAGCCAAACUCAUGGAGGGCCACGAGUAUCUCUUCCGUGUUUGUGCUGCGAACAAAUGCGGCCCUGGGCCUACAGUUGAGACAAAACAACCAACCCUUGCCAUCGAUCCCAUUAACACGCCUGGUGAGCCAGAGAACUUCCACGUAACCGACGUGGGUAAGAACUUUGUCUUCUUGAAAUGGAGGAGGCCAGACUAUGAUGGUGGAAGCCCCAACAUUGGUUACGCUUUGGAGAGCAAAGAAGCAGGAGCGGCAGAAUGGGUGCCAUUACACGAGGAUCUGAUUACAAGUACAUUCUUCAUGGCUGACAAGUGUGUGGAAAAACAAACCUAUCAGUUCAGAGUGCAGACAUGCAAUGAAGGUGGAGAAAGUGACUGGGUGAAGACUGGUGAUGUACUUGUUAAAGAGGAGAUCCAGAAACCAGUGCUUGAUAUAAAGUUAGCUGGAGCCCUUGUGGUUAAAGCUAGAGAGUCUAUCAGAAUUGAGGCUGGACUCAGAGGAAAGCCUCAACCAGAGGUGAAGUGGGUGAAGGACAYGGCCACAGGAGAUAACCCRAGAGUUAGUYUUGAAACGGGCACAGAUUARUCWAAAUURCUUWUGACCAAAUCRAAACGRACWGACACCGGAAAAUAUGURYURACRGCCACAAACUCUGCUGGAACCUUCACUGGAUACGCAGUUGUUCAUGUCUUGGAUGUCCCAGGGCCUGUGAGAGACGUGAAGGUGUCUGGAAUCGGAGUAGACAAAUGUAGAGUUGCAUGGGAUCUCCCAGAAGAUGAAGGUGGAUGUGAAGUUGAUAGCUAUAUCAUUGAGAAAUGUGAGACAAGAAGAAUGGUCUGGUCCACAUACUCUGCUUCACUUGUCACCAACUAUUGCAAUGUUACCCGACUAGUAGAAGGAAAUGAGUACAUCUUCCGCAUCAGAGCAGAAAACAAGAUGGGGACAGGUCCCGCAGUGGAGAGCAAACCUGUCACAGCUAGGACUCAGUUCAACAGACCUGGACCACCAGAAUCACCAGAGAUCACCAAGAUCGGCAAGGAGGAAAUGACAGUCGUAUGGGCCCCACCAGAGAAUGAUGGUGGAAAGUCUAUCACUGGUUAUAUCCUGGAAAGGAAAGAAAAGCGUGCUGUCAAAUGGGUGCCAUGCACAAAGAGUACCAUCUCUGAGAGACGCAUGAAAGUCAGCAACUUAAUUCCCAACCACGAGUAUCAGUUCCGUGUCAAGGCCGAAAAUGAAGUUGGACUGGGAGAGCCAAGCAAACCAUGCAGACCAGUAGCAGCCAAAGAUCCAAUUGAGACUCCUGGUCCUCCAGGCAGUUUCAAGGUGAUUGACAGCACCAAGACAUCCAUUACUCUUGGGUGGGCCAAGCCUAUCUAUGAUGGAGGUGCUCCUAUCAUUGGAUACAUGGUUGAAAUGAGAGACAAACCUGAACCUAAACCUGAAGUGGUUGAAGCUGAAGCUGUUCCUGAAGAUAAACCUGCAGAUGAAGCUAAGCCUGAAGGUGAAGCUAAGCCUGAAGCAGCAGCAGGAGAAGGUGAGGAAAAAUAUGAAGAGGACGCUGAGGAUGAAGCUGCUGCAGUUGCAGCUAAAGCUAAAGCUGAAGCUAAACGUAAGGAGAAAGAAGAGGGCUGGAAGAAGUGCAACACCGGUGCUGGUGUGCUGGUGCACACAGAAUUCACCAUUCCAAACUUGAAUGAGAAGCAGAUGUAUGAAUUCAGAGUCUCUGCACAGAACCAGGUCGGCUGGGGUCGUCCUGCUACACUCAAAGAGGCUGUCAACCCCAAGGAGGUCCUCGAGGCACCAGAGAUUGACUUGGAUGCCAGUCUAAGGAAGGGCUUCACUGUUAGAGCAGGCUGCCCCAUCAGGCUCUUCGCUACUAUCAGAGGAAGACCAUCGCCCAAAGUCACCUGGAAGAAGCUCGGUGUUGAUAAUGUGGCCAGGAGAGGGCAUGUAGAUCAGAUUGAUACUAUGUCCUUCCUUGUGAUUCCUGAGAGCACUCGGGACGACUCCGGCAAAUACUCUCUCACACUUUCCAACUCCGCUGGGGAGAAAGCUAUAUUUGUUCGUGUUAAAGUAUUGGAUACUCCUGGACCUGUUGGAGGAUUUGAGGUCUGUGAUGUGACAAGCACCGGUUGUCAGCUGUCUUGGCUCCCUCCAGAUAAUGAUGGUGGCUGUCAAAUCCAGAACUACAUCGUUGAGAAACGUGAACUCGACAAGAAGACUUGGUCAAAUUGUAUCAACGACUUGAAGAAAACAAGCUUCAAAGUCACCGGCCUCACACCUGGCUGUGACUACUACUUCAGAGUUAUGGCAGUCAAUAAAUAUGGCAUUGGUGUUCCUAAAGACUCUCCAAAAGCCUACCUGACAACUGAUCCUAUAAGUGAACCUGAUCCACCCAAGAAGAUGGAUGUCUUGGAAGUGACAAAGAACAGUGCCACUCUGGGAUGGCUGAAACCUUUGAGGGAUGGUGGAGCUAAGAUCAAUGGCUACAUGGUUGAUUACAAAGAGGAUGGCGAACCUGAAGACAAAUGGACACCAUAUUCCGUUGUUAAAGACUUAACCAUUGUAGUCGUUGGACUUAAAGAGGGCACAAAGUACAAGUUCAGGGUUGCAGCAAGAAACGUGGCUGGAACCAGUCUGGCAAGAGAAGCUGAGGGAGUAUUUGAAGUCAAGGAGCAGCUGAUGGCACCAAAGAUCAUCAUGCCUGAUAUUGUCACAGUAAGGGCAGGAGAGAAAAUGAGAAUUGAUGCUAUUGUGGCUGGAAAACCUACACCAUUCUGCAAAUGGAGGCAAGGAGCCGAUGAUCUGUUGACAUCUGAUCGUCUCAUGGUGCAAAAGUCUCCAAACUGCAUUUCACUCAUCAUGAAAGACGUCUCGAGAAAGGACAGUGGUUACUACAGUCUUUCUGCUGCGAACAGCACCGCCAAAAUAAGCCAGAUCCUUAGAGUCAUAGUACAGGAUAAACCAGGGCCUCCUGACGCUCCCCUGGAGAUCGUUGAGCUUGAUAUUGAUGCCUGCACACUCCAGUGGAACCAACCCAGUGAGGAUGGUGGAAGCAACAUCACUAACUACGUCAUUGAGAAGUGUGAUGUAAGCAGAGGAGACUGGGUCAUAGCUUCUGGCUCAUGCACCACAACCAGCUACAGAGUUGGCAAGCUUACCCCUGGAAUGGAGUAUGGCUUCCGUGUCCGAGCUGAGAACAGAUUUGGCAUCUCGGAGCCAAUCUAUUCAGAGAAAAGUAUCGCUAGAUAUCCCUUCGAUGUCCCAGACGAGCCCAGAAAUCUGUGUAUCACGAAAGUUAAGAGUGAAGCAGUGUCUCUGUCCUACGAGACCCCAUCAACUGACGGUGGCAGUCCUCUUACCGGAUACUGCAUUGAGCGUAAAGAGAGGAACAGCCUUCUCUGGGUAAGAGCAAAUGAGUCUGUUGUCCGCGGACUUGAAUACAACUGCACAGGCUUAAUGGAAGGUCUGGAAUAUGCAUUCAGGGUGUCUGCCCUCAACAAGGCCGGCCAGGGUAAACCAAGCAAACAGACUGACUGGGUCACAGCAAGAACACCCAUCGAUCCACCUGGUAAACCUGAGGUAAUGGAUGUGACAAAGAGCACUGUUUCACUUGUUUGGACUCGCCCCCAAAAUGAUGGAGGUAGCAAGCUCAUUGGGUACUAUGUGGAGUACAUGAAGAUUGGUCAAGAAGUAGAGAAAUGGGUUCGCUGCAAUGCCAACUGCCAGAACGUCAAAACAGAAGACUAUGUUGUAACUGGCCUGGAGGAGGGAGCCCAGUAUCACUUCAGAGUUUUCGCCAAGUCAGCAAUCAACAUCAGCUUGCCUUCUCAGAUCUCAGAUGCCAUUCCAGUGUUUGCAGAGAAUGUUCCCCCCAGGGUCGAGCUGGGAGUGGACAUGAAGAAUAUGAUCAUAGUGAAGGCUGAAGAAAAUGUCUCCUUUGAUGCAGUAGUGUUUGGAAAACCACUGCCCAAGGUUACAUGGAAGAGAGAUGGUGUUCCAUUGAAACUGGUUGAUGGGAUGAAGAUGACACAGAAGAGACACACACACAUUCUGGAAUUGUUCUCUGUUGCAAGGAAGGAGUCUGGAGAGUACACUAUUCUAGCUGAAAAUCCCAAUGGCGCUAAAUACGCCAAUAUUAAGCUCAAGGUUCUAGACAAACCAGGCCCACCAGCCGGAGUGAAAGUCACCAAGGUGUUUGCGGACCGUAUUAAAAUGAGGUGGGAGCCACCUGUUGCAGAUGGAGGCUCUGAAAUCAUCAACUACAUCAUUGACAAACGUGAAACCAGCAGAGCGAACUGGGCUCUGGUCACCUCCAAUAUCCAUGGUCAACUGACUGAUUGCACAGUAGAUAAACUGAUGCAGGACCAUGAAUACCAGUUCAGGGUCAGUGCUGAGAACCAGUAUGGUAUUGGGGACCCCAUCCUCACCGACCCUGUCAUGGUCAAGAAUCCAUAUG